AAUGUCAUCAACACCGACACCUCCAGCAUCCUGGAGGUUCUUAACGCCGACAGGAUGGAAGCUGCCGGAAAGUACUCUUGCGAAGUAGACAAUGGAGUCGGAAGCGACAGAUGUGAAGCGUAUAUCACACUACUAGAUCGUAAAGUCCCUCCCAACUUCACCAAGAAGCCGUCGGAGUCCAUGAUGGAUUCUGUAGGUAAGACGGUGAAGAUGGAGGGCCGCGUCUCAGGCUCGCAGCCGCUCUCUGUCACCUGGUUCAAGGACAACAACGAAAUCUACGCCUCAGACAAAUAUGAGGUCAGCUUUAAGAACAAUGUCGCCCUGCUGUGUGUCCGGGACUCCACCACCUCUGACAGUGGCUUCUAUACCUGUGAGGCCUCAAACGACGCCGGCAGAGCGUCCUGUCAGGUGUCACUGAGCAUCUCAGAAACGGGUCAGGCUCCUCAGUUCGACGUCCCUCUUGCACCGGUGGCUGUCAACGAAGAUGACAAACUGAGCCUGAAAUGCCAUGUGAUAGGCAGUCCUCCCCUGAGCAUCCAGUGGAUGAAGGACCGCCGUGAGCUCAGGUCCAGUGGAAACACCAGGAUCACAUUUGUGUCCGGGACAGCCAGUCUGGAAAUCAGUCAUGCCUCCAAGAGCGAUGCCGGUGACUAUCUGUGCAAAGCCAGCAACAACGUUGGAAGCAACUUCUGUAAAGCCAAAGUCACUGUAGCAGAUAAAGGAGCUAAACCCGCCCCUGCUGAAGCCGCCGCCCCGGCCGCUGCUGCUCCCGUGAAACGCCUUGACAACCUGUUCUUCAUCGAGGAGCCCCAGAGCAUCUCCGUCAUAGAGAAGGGAACCGCCACCUUCAUUGCCAAAGUGGGUGGAGACCCCAUCCCCAGCGUCAAGUGGAUGAAGGGCAAGUGGAGGCAGAUCACACAAGGUGGUCGUAUCUCUAUCGAACACAAAGGUCAGGACGCCAAGCUGGAGAUCCGGGAGGUCACCAAGUCUGACUCGGGUCAGUACCGCUGCGUUGCCACCAACAAACAUGGAGAGAUCGAAUGCAGCGCCGACAUGGAGGUCCUGAAGAAGGAGGAGGCCGAAGGCUUCGGAGACUUCAGAGCCAAACUCAAGAAGACUCCAUCCAAGCAGAAGAGUCCAAAGAAAGAAGACAUCGACAUCGUGGAGCUGCUCAGAGGUCAUGACCCCAAAGACUACGAGAGGAUUCUUAGGGAACACGAUAUCCACGACUACCGUGCGAUCCUUCAGGCCAUUGAGUUCCUGAAGAAGGAGAAGGAGAUGGAGACGGGACGACCGGAAGUGGAACAUGGAGGUCGUGUUGAAGAGGAGGUCAUGGCUCGGUUAAUGCAGCAGAUGGAGGCACGAAUGUUUUGUCCUCAGCCCGUCUCUGUAAUGGAGGACAUCAGUGACCAGACAGUGGCCGAAAACCAAACGGCCACAUUCGAGUGUCAGAUCAGCAUCAACUACCCAGAGAUCAGCCUGACCUGGUACAAAGGAACCCAGAAACUUGAGGCCGGAGACAGGUACGAGAUCCACAGCAUCGGAGACCGACACUACUUGAAGGUCAAGAACUGCCAGAGCAAAGACCAGGGCAACUAUCGUGUGGUGUGUGGACCUCAUAUCUCCAACGCCAAGCUCACCGUGUCAGACGUCCCAGCCCGAUCGGUUCAGGUUCCAGAUUCAGCAUCGAUGUUUUAUGUUAAAGAUUCGUCAGAGUUUUAUCACAUUGAAGAGCGAACGGAGAUGGAAGUGUCUGAAAGACUGACAGUCCAAGAGGAGACGCUUUCAGUUCGGUUGCCAUCGGUCACAGCGGCGAGAAAACCUGUGGAGGAGCGCGUUGAAAGGACUCAGGUGGAGAAAACAGAAGGAUUCUCUCCAGUUUCUGAAGUUUACGGGAGAGCAGAGGAGAAAGCUGAAGCUCCGCCCACUGCACCUGUCAGAGUUGCUGAACGGAUGAAGCCACAGCCGGAGGUUUCUGUCGUUUCUCCUGCUUGGCAAGAGGAGACUCCGCCCACAACAGAACCAACAUUAUUGACCAAACCAGAACCUGAGACAGUGAAACAGGUCAUUCCUGAACCUUAUCAACCCAAACCAAUACCAGAACCAAAACCAGCUGCCCCUAAACUGACAGAUGCGGAUCGGAAACCAGCACCAAAACCCUCCAUAGUUCAGCCAGAAGCUGAAGCUCCUAAAGCCAGAGCUGUAGUCAGACCAGAGGAGGUCGCACCUGCCAAGAUUAUGCCUCCAAAGCCUGAAGAAGUUUUACCACAAGUACCAGAACGACCUAAACCAGAAGACGUUGUAGUUCAAGCACCUGCAGCCAAAGUUUCCCCUGAACGUCUUCAGGCUAAAGUGCAAGACGUUCCUAGACCAGAGGAACCCAAAGUUCAGCCGUCUCUUCCCAAAGUUACUCCACCCAAGGCUGAAGCUGCCACAACUAAAGAACCAAGAACAUCUGAACCUGUUGUUAAGACCGAGACUGAGACGACAAGCUGUCUUCUCGAAUCAGAACCAAGACAACCAAGGAAGGUUCCUGAAGAACCAAGAAAGGUAGUGGGAGAAGAUGUUCCAGAACCAGUAAAGAAGGUUUUAGAGGAGCCAAAGAAGGUUCCAGAACCUGCAAAGAAGGUUUUAGAGGAGCCAAAGAAGGUUCCAGAACCAGCAAAGAAGGUUUUAGAGGAGCCAAAGAAGGUUGCAGAACCAGCAAAGAAGGUUUUAGAGGAGCCAAAGAAGAUUCCAGAACCAGCAAAGAAGGUUUUAGAGGAGCCAAAGAAGGUUCUUGAAAUACAGAAGAAGGUUUUAGAGGAGACAAAGAAGGUUCCUGAAAUACAGCCAAAGAUUCCAGAAGAACCAAAAAGGGUUAUGGAAGAAAGACUUCCAGAAAUAUCAAAGAAGGCUUUGGAGGAACCAAAGAGGGUUCUAGAAACACCAAAGAUUUUAGAAGAGCCAAGGAAGGUUCCAGAAAUACAGAAGAAGGUUUUAGAAGAACCAAAGAAGGUUCUUGAAGUACAGAAGAAGGUUCCAGUUAAACCAAAACAGGCUGUAGAAGAAAGAGAUGUAGGACCUCCAAAAAGGCUUUCAGACAAGCCAAAGAAGGCUCCACAGGCACAAAAACUGUUUAUCGACACACCUCUAGAACAACCACAGGAGAUAGUGGCAGUAGAGGCUCCACAGUUGGUGACAGUUGAUGAUGAACCGGCACUGGAGCCACGAUUACCCUCUCCACCACAAUCCAAACUAAUCGCUCAGGCUACAAAGCCUCAGCACCAAGUGGCUCCUCCAGAGAAGAAACCAUCAGCUCCUGUAUCAAGGCCUGUUCCACCUCCUGCUCCUCCUGCAGCGUCUCCUCCAGAGAAGAUACCAUCUGUACCAAUACCAAAGCCUGCACCUCCUCCUUCUCUUCCUGUAGAGAAGGUUGUUCCUCCUGCAGUGUAUCCUCUAGAGGAGAAGAAACCAUCUGCAUCAGCACCAAAGCCUGCACCUCCUGCAGAAAAGGUGGCUCCUCCUGCAGUGUCUCCUCCAGAGGAGAAGAAACCAUCUGUACCAACACCAAAGCCUUCUGCUCCUGAAGCCAAAGUCCAGCCUCCUGCAGUGUCUCCUCCAGAGGCAAAGAAACCAUCUCCCCCAACACCCAAGCCUCCAGGAGAAAAAGCUGUGCCAUCUGCAGCUCAAGUUGCUCCAAUGGAAAAGAAACUGUCUCCACCAGCCAUUAAGGCUGAACCCUCUCCAGUGUCAGAGGAGUUCUAUCCUCCUGAAGACAUGGAGCCAGUUUCCGCACCUGGACCAACUAAAGUGCCGCCUCUUAAGCAAAAAGGUAAAAUUCCAGUUCAAGAGGUGAAAACACCUGAGUCAGUUAAACUCAAGAGUAAGGUCAGCAGAAUACCCAAAGAGAAAGAACCAGAACCAGAGGUCAUUAAGCUGAAGAAGGUUCCAGUAAAACCACCAGAACCUGAGAAAGACAUUAUAACUCAUAAAGCUGAAGUGUCAAAGCACCACGUUGAAGAAUUUAUGGUUCAUGGGCUUCACGAGAGAGAUGAUCGAGAGAUAAUUACACUCGGACGCACUGAUCGAGUCUUCACUGCAGAGGAGGAGACAUGCAGUUUAAGAGAAUUUGAAGAAGCUGAGCAUGUUUCAUUUGCACCAAAAACAGAAAAAGAAGGAUGGACAAGAAUGCCAAAACUGCAGAAAGAAGCAGAACCUGAGCCUCCAAGUGCAGAUAAGAAAAAAAUAAAUAAACUUCCAAAAGCCGACGAGCAGAAAGAAUCAGUUAAGCUGAAGCCAUUUGAGAAAUCUCCCAGAUCAGAAGAAGAACCAGAAAAGGUCAAGCUGAAAAAGGUACCAACCAAACCGAAGGAGCCUGAGAAAGAAGUCGUGACACAUAAAGUUGAAAUAACAAGACACUAUGAUACGGAACUGACGGUUCAGAAACUUCACGAUAGAGAUGAUCGGGAGAUCAUCACUCUUGGAAGAACUGAACGAGUCUAUGCAGCAGCUGAGGAGGCUUUUGAAAUGGGCCGAGUGGAAGUACAUGAAGAGCCAGAGAUGGACGAUGAAAAGGGUCGAUGGAUAAGAACUCCCAAAGCACCAAAAGACAAAGAGGCUGAGCCAGAUUUAACAAAGAAGAAAAUAAAUAAAUUACCAAAGAAGGAAGAAGAGCCAGAAACUGUAACUCUGAAACCAUUUGAAAAACCUCCAAAACCUGAAGAACCUGAGCCUCCAAAAGCUGAGAAAGAUCAUGAGGCAAAGACAGGUACUGAGCGUGCUCUAUUGAGGAGAGGUGAGACUCUAAGAAGAGAACUACCCACUGCUGCUCAAAAACACAAGAAAGAUGAAGUCACUGCCUUGACAAGUCCAGAGGAAACUCCUGAAGUCACCAAAGACCAGAGGGAAAUGCCCCACAAGAAAAAGAUUGAACAAGUUCCCAAAGAUGAGGAACCUACUUCCGCUGAGAAGGUGCAAGGAAAACUGAAAAUCAUCUCUACACCAGACAAAGACAAGGAAGAAGUGGUGUUGAAGCCUUUCACAAAAGUCAGCAAACCAAAGGAAACUCCAGAAAAAGCAGCUGUAGAAGAGAAAAAGAAGCUAAUGGAUACAAAGGCACACGGCCGAAGUCCAACAGAACUGAAGGAACAGGAGUUGGGGAAAGUUGGAAAGACUGUGACGCCUAAAAAAGAUGCAAAACCUGAGACAACUCCAGAAAAAACAGCUGUGGAAGAGAAAAAGAAGGUAGUGGACACAAAGAUGCCUGGCCAAAGUCCUAAAGAUAUGAUGGAACAAGAGUUGAAGAAGACCAUGACACCUAAAAAAGAUGAGAAACCACAGGAGAAAGAGGAGCCACUGAAGAAAGCAAGUCCACCAGGGAAGGUAGAAGGAACCCCACCCAAAGAGACUGAAACAGGUCGACCAGUGACCCCACAGAAAGAAGUACUAUUCUUAAAGAAAGGCACUGAUGUAAAAAAGUCUCCUUCACCCAGAGUUGCAAAAGAAAAGGUAGAACCUGUGGAGCAGAUCAAGAAGGUUGAGCUAAAAAAGACCCCAUCACCUAAAGUUGACAAACUAAAGCCAAAGGAGCUGGAUCAGAUCCCUACUGAGAGGAAGCCAAACGUUGAAAAAGUAAAAACACCUAAAGAUUCCAUCGAAAUUGUUGGUCUUAAAAAGGUCCCGAAGAAACCAUCGCCAGAAGAGGUUUUGGAACCAGGUAAAGGGAGGAUCCCGCUGGUGAAGGAGAUCUCUCCUGGAGCAAUUCAGAUGCAAAAGGUCCCCACCCAGCUUGAGGAGGAGGUGUUUGAAGAGGAGGCUGAAGAAGUGGAAGGCGAGGAAGAGGAGGCCUGGGGCUGGGAGCUGGUUCCUUCAGAUGACUGGGAAGGUGAAGUGGUGGAUGGAGCUGUGGAAACACCUUUACCUGGAGCCAAAAGAGAUGGAAAACCAUCAGAGGAGCCGCCCAAAGGCCGAGGCAGAGGAUUUGGGGCGAGACAGACUCCAUCUCCCGGUGACGGGGGGCGGGGCCGCGGCCUCAAGCCCGGAGGAAAAGGCCCUUCGCCACCAGAGGAGCCAUUUGGAGGAUUCAAACUCAAAGCUGUCCCUCUCAAGUUCAUCAAGAAGCUUCAAGAUAUUGUGUUGACAGAGGCCGAGUCCAUCGGUUCCUCCGCUGUUUUUGAGUGUGAGGUGUCACCGUCCACUGCCAUCGCCUCAUGGAUGAAGGAUGGCAGCAACCUGCGCGAAAGUCCUAAACAUAAAUUCACCUCUGAUGGCAAAGAUCGCAAACUGCACAUUAUUGACGUGCAGCUGUCGGAUGCUGGUGAAUACACAUGUGUGGCCAAGAAUGCUGGCAAGGAGAUAAACUGCACCGCCAAGCUCAUCGUGGAAGAAUUACCAGUGAAAUGGGUGACUGAAUUGGAACCAGAGACAACAUGUAUGAAAGGUCAGCCCAUGUACCUGACCUGUGAACUGAACAAAGAGAGAGACGUGGUCUGGAAACGCAAUGGCGCCGUCAUCAAGAAAAAGGCUGGAAAAGUGGCCAUUAAUGUCAUUGGUUUGCAGCAUGCUGUGACCAUCCAAAACGCCACAGAUGAGGAUGCCGGCGCCUACACCUGCGAGGUGGAGGGGCAGGAGGAUGUGAAGACCACCACCAACGUCAAAGUGAUCGAAAUCAUCAAGGACUGGCUGGUGAAGCCUCUGAGGGACCAGCAUGUCAAACCCAAAGCCAAGGCCACCUUCAAAUGUGAGCUGUUCAAAGACACCCCCAACUGGAAGUGGCUCAAAGGAGAUGAUGAACUGGCUCCGUCAGACAAGGUGCAAAUCACCAAAGACGGAAAGGACAUGACAUUAGCUAUCAACAACUGCCAGCCCGACGACGUGGCUGAGUACACAAUUGAGGUGGAGGACCGCCGGUACUCAGCCAAGCUGACUCUGGGAGAGCGCGAGGCCGAGGUCCUGAAGCCUCUGAAGAGUCUGGAGGUGGUGGAGAAGGACGAGGCCAACUUUGACACUGAGAUCUCUGAGGACGAUGUAGCUGGUGAAUGGAAGCUCCGGGGCCAGGUCCUGACCCGGUCCCCGACAUGUGACAUUAAAACCGACGGCAGGAAGCGUUUCCUGACCCUGAAAAAUGUGCAGUUGGAUCAAGCUGGUGAAGUGUCCUAUCAGGCUCUGAACGCCAUCACCAGCGCUAUGCUCACCGUUAAAGAGAUCCCAAUGGGCUUUGUUGAGCAGCUGAAGGACGUUUCAGUGCCUGAAAAGAAACAGGCCAAGUUUGAAUGCACCGUCACCAAGGACGUGUCAAAGGUCAUGUGGUUCAGGGGGGUGGAGGUCAUAACCCCCGGCCCCAAAUAUGAGAUAAUUGACGAUGGAAAGAAACACAUGCUGAUCAUGAACAGCUGUGAGUUUGAUGAUGAGGGUCAGUACACCAUUGAGGUGCUGGGUCAAAGGUCAACGGCUCAGCUCACAGUGGAAGGCAUGAGGCUGAAAUUUGUGCAGUCGCUUCAGGACCAAACAGUCAAAGAAGGUAAAAACGCUCGCUUUGAGCUGGAGCUGAGCCAUGAUGACGUUCCCGUGGUUUGGUACCGGAAUGAGGUCAAAGUGCACGUGAGCCGCAGCAUUCUCACGUAUGUGGAAGGAAAAAGACACACUCUAGAAAUGAGGACGUUGAGUCUGGACGAUACAUGUCAGAUCAAGGCCGAGGCCAGGGGCAUAUCCUCCGUGGCCAAACUGACCGUCAUAGAGGGCGAUGCCGUGUUUGUGGUGAAGCUGCAGGACUACACCGCCACCGAGAAGGACGAGGUGACUCUGGACUGUGAACUCAGCAAAGACGUCCCCGUCGUCUGGUACAGGGACAACAAGGAGAUCGUGUCCUCCAAGACAGUGGUGAUGAAGUCAGAGGCCACGAGGAGGACGCUGGUCCUGAAGAAAGUGGAGCAAAGCGACAAAGGACGAUAUGUAUGUGAUUGUGGAACCGACAAGACGACUGCCACACUCAACAUCGAAGCUCGUGACAUCAAGGUGGUUCGACCCAUUUAUGGCGUGGAGCUGUUCGACGGAGAGACGGCUCGUUUUGAGGUGGAGAUCUCUGCAGAUGACGUCCAUGGACAAUGGAGACUGAAUGGAGAAGUCCUCAGUCCAUCCUCUGACGUGGACAUCAUCGAGGAAGGACCCAAACACACUCUGAUUCUCUACAACUGCCGCGUUCCCAUGACCGGAGAGGUGUCGUACAGCGCCGCCAACGCCAAGUGUUCAGCCAACCUCAAAGUCAAAGAACUUCCUCUGAACUUCCUGAGUCCACUCAGUGACGUCCAGGUCUAUGAGAAGGAUGAGGCUCGUUUUGAGGUGGAGGUGUCAAGGGUACCCAAGACUUUCCGUUGGCUCAAAGGAUCCCAAGAAGUAAAGACUGACGACAAGUACGAAACCCUGCAGGAAGGAAAUAUGUUCGUACUGAGGGUCAAAUCUGCAGCGUAUGAUGAUGAGGCCAAGUACAUGUUUGAGGCUGAGGACAAGAGGACGACGGGAAAACUGGUCAUCCAAGGAAUCCGCCUGGAGUUUGCCAAACCCAUUAAAGAUGUGACGGUGAAAGAGCGUGAGACGGCUGAGUUCAGUGUGGAACUGUCUCACGAUAAGAUCCCGGUGGUUUGGUACAAAAACGACGUGCGUCUCCAUCCCAGUAAAGUCGUUCACAUGUCAGAUCAUGGUAAAGUCCACACUCUGGCCUUUAAGGAGGUGACCAUCGAUGACACGUCCAUGAUCAAAGUGGAGGCAAUGGACAAGGCAGUGACGGCCAUGCUCACGGUCAUCGAGGGUGACCUCUACUUCACCACCAAGCUGCAGAACUACACGGCGGUGGAGAAGGACGAGGUCAAGCUGGUCUGCGAACUCAGCAAAGCUGUCGCUGAUGUCAAGUGGUUCAAAGACGGGAAGGAGAUCAGUCCUUCCAAAAACAUUGCAAUCAGCACUGACGGCAAGAAACGCAUCCUGAUGGUGAGGAAGGCGGAGAAGGCCAACAUCGGAGCUUAUACCUGCGACUGUGGCUCAGACAAAACCACUGCCAACCUCAACAUCGAAGAGCGUGACAUUAAGAUGGUUCGACCGCUGUACAGUGUUGAGGUGACGGAGACAGAAACAGCCAAGUUCGAGACGGAGAUUUCAGAGGAAGAUGUCCACGGAAACUGGAAACUGAAAGGAGAAGCUCUGCAUCAGUCUGCAGAUGUGGAGAUUAAAGAAGAGGGGAAGCGUCACAUGUUGAUCCUCUACAAUGUUCGGAUGAACAUGGCUGGUGGCGUCGACUUCUCUGCUGCUAACGCCAAAUCCACAGCCCAGCUCAGGGUCAAAGCUCGUUCCAUCAGUGUGAUGCGACCGCUGAAGGACGUGACGGUAACAGCCGGAGAGACGGCAACGUUCGAGUGUGAGCUGUCGUAUGAAGGCAUUGUUGUGGAGUGGUUCCUGGGAGGUCAAAAGAUGGAGGCCAGCGACAGGGUUAAGACCCGGGUGGCGGGACGAGUCCACGCUCUAACCAUCAGAGAUGUAAAACUGUCGGAGGCCGGAGACGUCAAACUGACCGCCAAAGACUUCCAGACCCAGGCUCAGCUCAUCGUCAGAGAGCCAGCAGUGGAGUUCACCAAACCUCUGGAGGAUCAGACGGUGGAGGAGGAAGCCACUGCCACGCUGGAGUGUGAAGUGUCCAGAGAGAACGCUGAGGUUCGCUGGUUCCGAGAGGGACAAGAGAUUCGCAAGACCAAGAAGUAUGACCUGAUGGUCGACGGACGCAAGAGGGCACUGGUGAUCCACGACUGCACUCCGGAUGAUGCCAAGACGUACACGUGUGAUGCUAAGGAGUUCAAAACCUCCUGCUUCCUGGAGGUCACACCUCCUCACGUGGAGUUCAGCAAACCUCUGCAGGACGUGGAGGUCAAAGAGAAGGAAUCUGCCAAGUUUGAGUGUGAAGUGUCCCGCGAAUCCGCAAAGGUUCGCUGGUUCAAAGAUGGGAGUGAGAUCAGGAAAGGAAAGAAGUACGAGAUCAUCGCCAAGGGAGUCCAGAGGAUCCUCAUUGUCCAUAAGUCAGUGUUUGAUGAUGAGGCUGAGUACGAAUGUGACGCCAGGACCUCGAAGACCUCCGGCAUACUGACGGUCAUUGAGGAGGCAGCCCGAUUUACCAAGAACCUGUCCAACGUGGAGGGAACGGAGACUGACAGUGUCAAGAUGAUCUGUGAGGUGUCCAAGGCCAGCGCCGAGGUCACAUGGUACCGUGGAGACGAGGAGCUGCCAGAGGGCGGUCGCUACGAGCAAGUGAUGGACGGACGCAAGAGGAUCCUGAUUAUCCAGGACCUGAGGAUGGAGGAUGCGGGAGAGUACAACUGCAGACUGAGUCCAGCCAUCAAGACGUCAGCCAUGCUCAGACUUAAUGAACUGGCAGCUGAGUUCAUCGCUCGACCUCAGAACCAGGAGGUGGUGGAAGGAGAGAAGGCAGAAUUUGCCUGCUCCGUCUCCAAGGAAACCUAUGAGGUGAGAUGGUUCAGAGGUGAUAAGGAGGUUCAAGCCGGGGACAAAUACACCAUCAUCAGUGAAGGGAAGAGGAGAGCUCUGAUUGUGAAAAACUGCGACUUGAAGGAUGAGGGAGGUUACGUUGCCCACAUCGGCAGUGUCAAAGCCUCUGCCGAUCUGUAUGUGAUUGAAAAACUGAGGAUUAUCACGCCAAUUAAAGACACGGAGGUGAAAGAGGGAAGUGAGAUCGUGUUCAACUGUGAGACAAACUCAGAGGGAGCGAAAGCCAAGUGGCUGAAGAAUGAGGAGACCAUUUUUGAGAGCAGCAAGUACAUGAUGGCUCAGCGUGACAACGUGUUCUCACUGAGGAUCCGAGAUGCCCAGAAGGCUGACGAGGCCAGUUACACCAUCAACCUGACCAAUCACAGAGGAGAACAGGCCAAGUGCACUGCUAGAGCUAUAGUCGCAGCGGAGAAACUGAAGUUCCUCGAGCCCAUUGAGGACGUGGAGACUCAGGAGAAGAAGACCAUCAGCUUCAUCUGUAAGGUGAACCGGCCUGAGGUGACGGUCCGCUGGAUGAAGGCCGGUCAGGAACUGACACUCAGCAAACGCAUUGUGUACCGGCCCGACGGACUCAAACACACCUUGACCAUCAAGGACUGCGUCAUGGACGAUGAGGGUGAGUACACGGCUGUCGUGGGUGACGACAAGUGCUCAGCCGAGCUGAUCAUCAGCGAAGCUCCAACUGACUUCAUGGCUCAGCUCAAAGAUCAGACCAUCACUGAAUUCGAGGAUGCCGAGUUCACCUGCAAACUGUCCAAAGAGAAGGCAGUUGUCAAGUGGUACAAGAAUGGACGUGAGAUCAAAGAAGGACCAAGAUAUCACAUGGAGAAGGAAGGCAAGACGUGCACACUGAUCAUCAAGGUGUGCAGACCUGAUGAUGAAUGUGAAUACGCCUGUGGAGUGGAUGAGAGGAGGACCAGGGCCAGACUCUUCGUUGAAGAGACCCCGGUAGAGAUUGUCAGACCGCCAAAGGACAUGUUUGAGCCUCCAGGUUCAGACAUUAUGUUCGAGGUGGAGCUCAACAAGGACCGAGUGGAAGUGAAAUGGAUGAGGAACAACAUGAUCAUCGUCCAGGGAGACAAGUACCAGAUGAUCAGCGAAGGCAAAGUCCACAGAUUGCAGGUCUGUGAGAUCCGGCCUCGGGAUCAGGGAGAGUACAGGAUCGUAGCCAAAGACAAGGACGCCCGAGCCAAACUGGAGCUGGCAGCGGUUCCAAAGAUUAAAACCACAGAUCAGAACCUGGUGACUGAUGCCGGUAAACCGUUCGUCAUGGCCGUGCCAUACGAUGCCUACCCUCGUGCAGACGCAGAGUGGUUCUUUGAGGCCACCAGUCUGCCCGUCCAGAACAUUGACACCUCUGCUGACAAGACCGAGUACCGGCUGAAGAGCCCCAGCAAAGAGGACCAGGGCCGGUACCGGGUUGUCAUCAAGAACAAGCACGGUCAAGGCGAGGCCUUCAUCAACCUGGACGUGAUCGAUGUCCCCGGACCUGUGAAGAACCUGAGAGUGAUUGAUACUGCUGACGGUGAGGUCAGUUUGGCCUGGGAGGAACCGGAGAGUGACGGUGGAAGUAAAAUUACUGCAUAUGUGGUGGAGAGACGUGACGUGAAGCGUAAGACGUGGUCGGUGGCAACGAAUCGCGCUGAUGCUCCAGAGUACUGCGUCAGCGGCCUCCAAAAAGACUCCAUGUACCUGUUCAGAGUCUGUGCCCGGAACCGGGUUGGCAGUGGACCUUCUGUUGCAACCGAGGAUGCAGUUCAGGCCAAGAACAAGUUUGAUGUCCCUGAUGCUCCUGAGAAUGUCGCUGUCGGCGUGGUGAACAGGUUUGGUGCAACCAUCUCCUGGGAGCCUCCGAAGUUUGAUGGUGGCUCUGAAGUCACAGCGUACGUCAUCGAGCUCCGUGACAGGACAUCAGUAAAGUGGGAGGCGGCCAUGAUCUGUGGCGCCAAUGACCGCUCUGCAACGCUGAAUGAUGUGGUGGAAAACAAGGAAUACAUCUUUAGAGUGAGAGCUGAAAAUAAGGCCGGCGUUGGCAGACCAAGCGCUGCCACCAAGCCUGUCAAGAUCAUGGACCCAAUUGAGAGACCAAGUCCACCUCUGAACCUGCACUUUAGUGACCAGACCACCUCCGCUGUCACGUUGACAUGGGAGACGCCGAUGAGCAAUGGAGGCAGCAUGAUCACUGGAUACAUUAUUGAGAAGUGUGAUGACGGAGUUUAUAACUGGCUCCGCUGCAACGCCAGACUGUGUCCAGACCUCAGCUUCCGGAUAUCCGGUCUCAAGCCUCGUCAGAAGUAUUUCUACAGAGUUCGUGCUGAAAAUGCAGCUGGUGUUUCUGACCCUGCUGAUCAAGUUGGACCACUCCUCGCCGACGACCCUCACGUUGGUCCGACCUUGGACCUGAGUGCCUUCAGGAACGGCCUGGAGGUGAUUGUCCCUCAGCCGCUGACCAUCAGAGUCCCCAUCACCGGGUACCCGACCCCUGUUGCCAAGUGGACCUUCGGAGAGAAGGAGCUAAGCCCGUCAGAUGACCGUGUCUCCAUGGUGACGAAGUCCACAUUCACAGAGCUAACAGUGUCUCCGAGUGUCCGACCGGACAAAGGAACGUAUGGUCUGACUCUGGAAAACGAUGUGUCCUCGGUGUCUGGAGAGAUCGAAGUCAACGUCAUCGCAUGCCCCAGUGCUCCUAAGGACUUCAAGGUAGCUGAAGUGACCCGACACCAUGUCCACCUGAUGUGGGAGGCUCCUGAACAUGAUGGAGGAAGUGCAGUCACCCACUACCAGAUAGAGAAGAGAGAAGUGUCACGCAAGACCUGGGCCAAGGUGGCUACAGGAGUCCUGGAUCUUGAACACACCAUCACUGAUGUUAUUGAAGGUAAAGAGUAUCUGUUCAGCGUCACUGCCUGCAACAAAUGUGGACCAGGAGAACCAGCGUACAUCGAUGAACCCGUCAAUGUGUCGUCUCCUGCCACUGUACCCGAUCCUCCUGAAAACCUGAAGUGGCGCGACAAGACCGGCAAGACCAUCUUCCUGUCCUGGGAACCUCCAAAGUAUGAUGGUGGCGCUCCACUCAAAGGAUAUGUUGUGGACAAAUGUCAGCGUGGAACCGACAAGUGGGAGCCCUGUGGAGACCCAAUCCCUGAGCUGAAGUUCCAGGUGACCGGCUUAAUCGAGGGCCAGUGGUACGCCUACAGAGUCAGAGCGUUCAACAAACUGGGAGCCAGUCGACCCUGCAGGGCUACUGAUGAGAUUCAGGCUGUGGAUGCUAAAGAGCCUCCAGAGAUCCAGCUGGAUGUGAAGCUCCUCGCUGGCCUGACCGCUCGGGCCGGAACCAAGAUCGAACUUCCCGCCGACGUGAUUGGAAAACCAGACCCCCGGGUCAAGUGGACCAAAGCAGACCUGGUCUUGAGGCCCGAUGACCGCAUCACUAUCGACACCCAGCCUGGACACUCCAAACUGUCCAUCAACAACACGACAAGAGGCGACACAGCCAUGUACAUCAUAGAGGCUGUCAACACCUGUGGACGAGCCACGGCCACCAUUGAUGUCAACAUCCUCGAUAAACCUGGUCCUCCGGCCGCCUUCGACAUCUCCGAGAUCACCAACGAGUCAUGCUUCUUGGCGUGGAAUCCUCCACGAGAUGAUGGUGGCUCCGCUAUCACAAACUACAUUGUGGAGAGUCGUAUGACAGACAAGGAGGAGUGGGUGAAGCUGUCAGCGACCAUCAAGCACACCACAUUUAAGGCCUGCAAACUGACUGCCAUGAAGGAGUACAUCUUCAGGGUCAGUGCUGAGAAUCAGUACGGCAUCGGAGAACCUGCAGAGCAUGUACCCAUCAUCGCCAAGUACUCAUUCGAUCCUCCUGGUCCUCCUACCAGAGUCACCCCCUCGGACAUUGCUAAGGACGCUGUGACACUGACCUGGUUCGAACCAGACGAGGAUGGAGGAAGCCCCAUCACUGGAUACUGGAUUGAGAAGUUCGACCCUGAGAGUGACAAGUGGAUCCGCUGCAACAAGCUGCCAAUCAAAGACACGACCUUCAGGGUGAAGGGACUCCCAACCAAGAAGAAGUACCGCUUCCGUGUUUUGGCUGAGAAUCUGGCUGGACCUGGAAAACCAAGUGCAGAGACAGAUCCAGUCCUCAUCAAAGACCCCAUUGAUCCUCCAUGGGCACCUGGCAAACCUGUAGUCAGGGAGGUCGGUAAGACCAUGGUGGUGCUGGCCUGGACCAGACCAGAGCACGAUGGUGGAUCCAAGAUCGAGGGCUACAUCAUUGAGUUCCAGAAGCCUGGAACCGAGGAGUGGAUCCGGAUCGCAGAGGAUGUUCCACAGACCGAGCACCAGCUGCAGGGUCUGAAAGAGAAAGAGGAGUACAUCUUCAGAGUCAAGGCUGUCAACAAGGCUGGAGAGAGUGAACCCAGCGACCCCAGCGAUCCGGUGGUCUGCAAGGAGAGACUCUACCCUCCAUCAGUUCCUCAGUGGCUUGAAGUGGCCAACGUCACAAAGAUCAAUGCUGACUUGAAGUGGCAAGCUCCAAGCAGCGAUGGAGGUUCACCAAUCACCAACUAUGUGGUGGAAAAGAGGGAUGUAAGGCGGAAGGCCUGGCAGACGGUCGACACCACCGUCAAAGAGCUGAAGUACACGGUGACGCCGCUGAACGAGGGAUCCCUGUACGUGUUCCGAGUUGCCGCUGAGAACGCCGUGGGAAUGGGUGAAUUCUGUGAGCUGGAGGAUGCUGUGCUCGCCAAAGACACAUUCACAACUCCUGGACCCCCAUAUGCCCUGACAGUGGUGGAGGUCACCAAGAGACAUGUGGAGCUGAAAUGGGAACCUCCCCAGAACACCGGAGGUCGACCAAUCACCAAGUAUGUGAUUGAGAAGAAGGAGAAGCUGGGAACUCGUUGGUUGAAGUGUUGUAAGACUCCAGACAGACAGCCUCAGUUCAAGGUGACUGACGUAGACGAGGGUUCGGAGGUACAGUUCCAGGUCCGAGCUGAGAAUGAGGCAGGAGUCGGAGAUCCAAGCGAACCCACCGUGGUUCUGACUAUCGAGGAUGCAACAAGUGCACCAUCCCCCCCGCUUGAAGUGAAGAUUCCAGACGCCAGCAGAGAACACAUCAAUGUAACCUGGAAGCCUCCGGCAAAGGAUGGCGGCUGCCCCAUCACCGGGUACCACGUGGAGGUGGCUGAGGCCAGGCCCGAGCUGAAGUGGCUCCGGGUCAACACCAGACCCGUCAAGGAGCUGCAGUUCAGGAUUGACGACGGAAUCAAACCCGAAAAGAAGUAUGUCAUCAGGGUCCGCGCCAUCAAUGCCAUCGGAGUCAGUGAUCCAUCGGAGAUCUCCGACAAAGUGUUCACCAAGGACCCCGACUGCGGUCCCACCAUGGAUCUGGAGGCCCAGGACGUGGUGGUGGUUGAAGGUGAGAAGCUGCACCUGAAUGUCCCAUACAGAGCCAUCCCAACACCCAAGAUGGUUUGGCAGAAGGACACAGUGGAGUGUAAAUCCGACGACCGCCUGUCCAUGACAGUGGAGAUGAACAGCGCUCACUUGGAGCUGCUGCGCUGCACUCGGGCUGACGGCGGCGCCUAUGCCAUCACUCUGGAAAACAACCUGGGAACGGCCACUGGGACGGUCAACGUCAAAGUAAUCGGACUUCCGGGUCAGUGCAAAGACAUCAGCUCAAGCGAUGUCACUAAGAACUCCUGUAAGAUCAGCUGGGAGGCUCCGGAGGACGAUGGUGGCACUCCCAUCGUCAGCUACACACUGGAGCGUCGCGAGGCCUCCAAGAAGACUUACAUGCCCGUCAUGUCAGCUGAGAACGUCCUGACCUUCACCGUCAAGGACCUGUAUGUCAACUGCGAGUACUAUUUCAGAGUGAAGGCCGUUAACAAGGUUGGAGCUGGAGAAUAUCUGGAGCUACGAAAUCCUGUCAUUACAGAAGAAAUCAAACAGAAACCAGAUCCUCCAAUCCAGGUGGAGGCCUAUGACCCCACUUCCAAGUCCAUCACAGUGAGCUGGAAGGCUCCAGACUACGAUGGCGGCUGUCCCAUCCAGGGCUACAUUGUAGAGAAGAUCGAGAAGGAUGGUGACCGCUAUGAGCGUGUCACGCCCAGCCUCAUCCCUGGGUUCUCCUUUGUGGUCACCGGCCUGAAGGAGGACAUGGAGUACCAGUUCAGGGUCCGAGCAGAAAACGCUGCUGGGGUCAGCGAACCGUCCCGCAGCUCGCAGCCCAUGAAGGCAGCAGACCCUGUUGACAAACCAAAGGUGACUCUCCACCCACGUGUGCAGUCCGGUGUGUGUAUUAAGAAAGGAGACGAGAUCCGCAUUGAUGCCUACAUCUCUGGCUCACCAUAUCCCAAAGUGUCCUGGCUCAGGAAUGACGAGGAUGUGACCAAAGAGCCGACAAAGAAGGUGGUUCCUGUGGUGAAGAAGAAGAAAACCAAGGCAAAGGUUCCAGAACCAGAACCAGAGUAUGUAUCUCCAAUAAGGGAGCGUCUCGGUCUAGAUCAAACCAAGAGAGGUCAGUCUGCGCUGAUGAUCCGCGACGCUGUCAGAGCUGAUCACGGAAACUUCACCAUCCAAGUGGAAAACAUUCACGGAGUUGCCACCGCCACCUGCAUCGUAAAUGUCCUCGACAAACCUGGUCCUCCAAUUAACUUCACGUUUGAUGAGAUCCGGAAUACAUCUGUGAUCUGUAACUGGGAGCCUCCAGAGGAUGACGGCGGCAGCGAGAUCCUCAACUACAUCCUGGAGAAGAAGGACAACAAGAACGACGAGAUCGGCUGGAUCACCGUUACCUCCACGCUGAAGGGAACCAGCUGCCCCGUCACCAAACUCAUUGAAGGAAAGGAGUACAUCUUCAGAGUCACCGCUGAGAACAAGUCAGGCUGCGGACUUCCCUGCAUCUCUGAGCCACUGGUUGCCAAGAACCAGUUUGAUCCUCCUGAUGCUCCCAAUGCCCCCCGUGUCCAUGAGGUGACGGCAAGCUCAGCCCGCAUCUCCUGGCAUGAGCCGAAAGACAACGGCAGCCCCAUCCUGGGCUACUGGAUCGAGAGGAAAGAGGUGAACAGCAAAUACUGGACCCGAGUGAACCGAGCCCUUCUCAGCUCUCUGGAGGUGAAGGUCACUGGCCUUAUGGAGGGACUCACUUACAUCUUCAGAGUGUGUGCCGAAAACCUGGCUGGACCGGGACCGUUUAGCGAGCCCUCAGACCGCAUCCUCACCAUGGACGCCAUCAUGCCUCCUGGACCUCCCACUCCAUGGAUUGUGGACACUGGGAAGGACUCUGUGAUCGUGGCCUGGAAGCCUCCGCUGUAUAAUGGAGGAGGAGACAUCCUGGGAUACCAUUUAGAGAAGGUUGUGGUUGGAGAGAAGGACUGGUCCCGCAGCACAGAGUUCAGAUGUAAAGAACUCACCUACACUGUGACCGGUCUGACUGAAGGAGCCGACUAUUACAUCCGCGUCAUUGCCGUCAAUGACGCCGGACCUGGAGCUCCAGGUGUGACCGAACCUGUGACUGUCAAAGAGCCUGAAGAAUCUCCCGCCGUCAACUUUGAUGAAUCUGUGAAGAACGGCGUCAUGAUUAAGGCUGGUGAGUCUCUGAGGCUUCCCGCUGUGGUGACAGGACGACCGCAGCCUGAGAUCAAAUGGGCCAAAGACGAGGCUGAAAUCGACAAGGAGAGAAUGAUCAUAGAGACAGAGGGAAAACACAGCACUCUAUUCAUCAAGACAGCAGUGAGGGCGGACCACGGAAAGUACCAGAUCACUGGCACCAACAGCAGUGGAACUAAGACUGCAGAGACCAGGGUGGACAUCAUGGACGUCCCUGGACCAGUGGUGGAUCUAAAGACAGUGAUGGUGACCAAGAAGAACAUCACCCUGACCUGGUCUGACCCCCUGGAUAAUGGCGGCAGUGACAUCAUCGGCUACGAGGUCCUGAGGAAAGAUGCCAAGAUGAAGCUGUUCAGGCAGCCCAUCGAGACUGCAUCCUGCAAGUGUGACAUUCAGGACCUGUUGGCUGGAGAGGAGUACGACAUCAGGGUGUUUGCCAGGAACAAGUUUGGAGACGGAGUUCCAUCUGACCUGGGACCCAUCCUGGCCGAGGAUCCCAAAGGUACUCCUUCUGCACCUGAGAAGCUGCACUACACCAACAGAACCAAGAGCACCAUCACUCUGGCUUGGCAGCCACCCCGCACUGAUGGAGGCAGCCCUAUCAUGGGAUACUAUGUGGAGAAGAUGAGGUCUGAUGGCGCUGAAUUCGAAGUGGCCAACCGCAAGAUGUUCCCUGAGUGUUGUGGCACUGUGGAGAACCUGUCGGAGAACCAGGAGUACCAGUUCAGAGUCAAAGCUGUGAAUGAAGUCGGGGAUGGAGAUCCAUCAAAGCCCAUCGAUGCCAAGAUCCAGGAUGAUGAACUUGCUCCAGUUAUUACCAUCCUCAAGUUCUUCAAGAGUAAUGCCAUCAUCGUGAAGAAGGGAGCAGCUAUUGACAUCCCAGCCGAGGUGACGGGACUUCCUCUUCCAACACUGCAGUGGAUGAAAGACAAUGUGGUGUUAGAGCAGCCGGAUGGAGAGAAGAUGACAAUGGAGACUGAGGAGGUGGAUCGGACGACUAUGAAGACUAAGAUCGCCAUACCAGAAACCAUCAGGCCGGACAAGGGCAACUACAAACUGGUGGCUGAAAACUGCCAUGGCAAAACUCAGCACACCAUCCGUGUGGAGAUCCUUGAUCGCCCUCUGCCUCCAAGGAACGUCGUAGUCUCAGACAUCAAAGCUGACUCGUGCUACCUGACCUGGGACGCUCCUGAGGACAACGGAGGCAGUGAAAUCACCAACUACAUUGUGCAGCGGCGAGAUGCCAGCAAGAAGAAGUCAGACUACGAGCCACUGACCAUCAACUUGAUUGACAGGAGAUAUGGGGUCUACAGAAUGGAUUUGAAUGGUGCAUACCAGUUCAGGAUCAAAGCAGAGAACAAGUACGGCGUAAGUGAUGGCUGUGACUCUGAGAAGGUCCAGCUCAGAGAUCCAUUCGGUCUCCCCGGACCACCUCGCAACCCCAAGAUCAUUGCAGCGACGGCCACCACCAUGACACUGACCUGGGAUGCACCUUUGGACAACGGUGGCUCCACCAUCCAGGGCUACUGGUUGGAGAAAAGGGAGCGUGGCGCUGUGUACUGGGGCCGUGUCAACCGAGCCCCAGUGACCAAACCGGCUGUGAAGGGUCUGGAGUACACUGUCCUGAAGCUCAUCGAGGGUACAGAGUACAAGUUCAGAGUGGCGGCCAGCAAUGCUGCCGGAGUAGGACCGCCAAGCGAGGCUACUGAGUCCCGCUUUGCUGUCGACCCCUGCAACCCUCCCAGCCCACCUGCCUCCCUCGAGGUUAAAGACAAAACAAAGAACAGCGUGACACUCACCUGGAUCCCACCAGACAAAGAUGGUGGCAGCCCAGUGAAAGGUUACAUCAUUGAAGUUCACGAGGAAGGCAUGGCUGAGUGGAAGAGGGUGAACCCUGCAGAUAAGCUCCACCCCACUACUGAGAUCACCGUCCCAGACCUGAGGGAGGGCAAGAAGUGCAGGUUCAGGGUCUAUGCUGUGAACGGAGCCGGAAACUCAGAGCCUGCCAGGACGGCCGAUGUCCUGGUCCAGGACGUCCUCAUCGAGCCCUCGGUCUAUCUGGAGGUGAGCACUAAUGACCUAAUGAACUGUAGAGCCGGGACCCCCAUCCGCAUUCCGGUCAAAAUCCACGGACGACCCAUCCCCAAAGUCACCUGGAAUUUCGACGGAACUGCUGAGACGGAGAAGAAGAAUGAGCUGCACACACUGCCUGUCGACUCAGAGAUUCACUCAACUGACACGACGUCAGUCAUCACCAUCCCUGAGAGUAAACUGAGCCACAGCGGCCGAUAUAUCCUGAAUGCAGAGAGCCCUGCAGGACACAAGGUGGUCAAAGUCCGAGUCAAUGUCCUCGACCUGCCUGGACCUCCCAGAGACCUGAAGGUGAGCGACGUGACAAGAGGAACCUGCAGACUCACCUGGAAACCUCCAGAGUGUGAUGGAGGAGAUAGAGUCAAGAGCUACUUCAUUGAGAAGAAGACGGUGUUGGGCAAAGCCUGGACCAAAGUGAAUCCGGCCUGUGCUGCUCAGUCUCUGGUUGUUCCAGACCUGAUUGACGGUCAGGAGUAUCUGUUCCGUAUUCGGGCGGAGAACCGCUUCGGCUUUGGACCCUACAUUGAAACCCCAGAUGGAACCAAAGCCAGAGACCCGAUCCAUCCUCCUGAUCCUCCAACAAGACUGAAGAUCCAGAGUGUGAGGAAGGGCACAGUGACUCUGACCUGGAAGGCUCCAAAGAACGAUGGUGGUUCACCUGUUACCCACUACAGUGUGGAUCUGCUCUGCUGGGAUGCCAGCGGCACUCAGAAGGAGUCCUGGCGGAGGUGUAACAGGAGAGACGUGGACACAACCAGCUUUAAGGUGGAGGAUCUCACACAGGGAGAUGAGUACGAGUUCAGAGUGACUGCCUGGAACGAGGCUGGAGCCAGCAGACCGUCAACUACUGCUGGACCCAUCCUUCUCCAGGACCAGACCUGUGCUCCAUCCAUUGAGCUGAAGGAGUUCAUGGAGGCCGAGCAGGGCUCCGACAUCAGCAUUGUGGCCAAGAUCCGUGGAUGUCCAUUCCCCACACUCACCUGGUACAAGGCUCCGCCCCACAAGUCAGAUGCCAAGGUGGAGGUCCAGUAUGAUGAGCAUAUCAACAAGAUAGUGGCAGACGACAGCUGCACGCUGCUCAUCCAACAGGGCAAACGUCCAGACACUGGACUGUACACACUGGUCGCUUCCAACAGCCUUGGAAAGGCCUCCAAGGAGAUGAGGCUCAAUGUGCUCGGACGUCCUGGUCCUCCUUCUGCUCCCAUUAAGUUUGAGGAGGUCGGAGCCGAGAGGAUCACUCUGUCAUGGCUUCCACCAAAGGACGACGGCGGUUCUAAAGUCACCAACUAUGUUAUCUGGAGACGUGUGGCCAACAGGAAGACCUGGGUCCCCGUCACCAAUGAGCCCAAAGACAGGAUAUGGACUGUGGAGAACCUGAUGCAGGGACAUGAGUAUGUGUUCCGUAUCAUGGCCCAGAACAAAUACGGAGUGGGAGAACCUCUGGACAGCGAACCAGAGGUCGCACGAAACCUCUUCGUGGUUCCGGGUCAGUGCGAGAAGCCGACCGUCUCCAGCAUCACUCUAGACUCCAUGACUGUGAACUGGGAGGAGCCUGAGGAUGAUGGUGGUUCUCCCAUCACUGGCUACUGGCUUGAACGUAAGGAGACCACAGGCAAACGCUGGGCCCGGGUCACCAGAGACCCCAUUCGACCCAUGGGUAUGGGCGAGUCCUUUGUGGUGACCGGCCUAAUUGAGGGCUCACAGUACCUCUUCAGGGUCACCGCCAUCAACGCUGCCGGACUAGGACCUGCCAGCGCCCCCACAGAUCCCAUCUUUGCCAGGGAUCCCAUCUCUCCGCCCUCUCCUCCUACUCCCAAGGUCUCUGAUUGGACCAAGUCCACAGUGGAUCUGGAAUGGAUUCCUCCUCUGAAGGAUGGAGGCUCCAAGAUCAUUGGAUACUGGGUCGAGCACAAAGAGGAGGGAACUGAGGCCUGGGUGAAGGCUAAGGACACCGAAAUCCGUGGCACUCGCUUUGUGAUCACUGGUCUGAAGACUGGAGGUCAGUACAGAUUCAGAGUGAUUGCCUUCAACGCUGCCGGUAAUGGAGAACCAGGAGAAGUCCCUGAGGUUCUGGAGGUCAAUGACAGAACUAUUGCUCCCGAGGUCGACCUGGACGCCUCCGUGAAGGAGAGGAUGGUGGUCCACGCCGGUGGUGUGAUCCGAAUCAUUGCCUACAUAUCGGGUCAGCCAGCUCCAGAGGUGACAUGGAACAGAGAUGGAGCGGCGCUGCCCCCAGAGGCCAAAGUGGAGACCACAGCCAUCAGCUCAUCUCUGGUCAUCAAACCCUGCAUCCGACGACACCUGGGAGUUUACUCUCUGACCGCCAAGAACGCUGGCGGAGAGAAGAAGAAGAACAUCACUGUGGAAGUCCUGGAUGUUCCUGGACCUGUCGGUAUCCCUCUGAUCCCUGAGAACCUGUCCAUUGACUCUGUCAAACUCAACUGGUUCUUCCCUGAGAACGAUGGCGGAUCUCCCAUCAGCAACUUCAUCAUAGAGAAACGUGAGGCCGAGCGUAAAGCCUGGACGUCAGUGUCAUACACCGCCAGCCGACAGAACGCCAUUGCCCACGAUCUCACCCUCGGAAAGGCCUACUUCUUCAGGGUCGCGGCUGAGAACGCCAUUGGCAUUGGACCGUUUGUAGAGACCGCUGCUGAGAUCAUCAUCCAAGAACCAAUCAGUGUUCCGGAUCGUCCCGAGGAUCUGGAGGUCACCAAAGUCACAAAGGAUCUGAUUAGUGUCACGUGGAAGGCACCAAAGUCCGAUGGCGGCUCUGAGAUCACACAUUAUAUCCUGGAGGCUCGAAUGAUCGGAAAAGACAAAUUCACCAGACUGACCAAGGAGAGUCUGAUGGAGAGGAAGUACACAUACGAUGGUUUAAGGGAAGGAGACACCUACCAGUUCAGAGUAUCAGCCGUCAAUGAGGUCGGAACUGGCAAACCUUCAUUCUGCACCAAACCGAUCACCUGCAAGGAUGAACUGGAACCACCCACCAUUGAGCUGGACUUCCGUGAUAAGAUUAUCAUUCGUGUGGGCGAGAGCUGCCUGCUUCAGGGCCGUUACACUGGAAAACCAUCCCCGUCCAUCGUCUGGUACCAAGACGACAACGAACUGAAGGCUGACAAACACAUCAUGUUCAAGAACACCCUGACCACCAUGUCUCUGGGUCUGAUGAAGGCUCAGCGCCAACACAGUGGCCGCUAUGUGGUAGUGGUGGAGAACAGCACUGGCUCCAGGAAGGGCAUCUGCAACGUCACUGUUGUUGACCGCCCAACUCCUCCUGUGGGCCCCGUGGUGUUUGAUGAGGUUCACAGGCAGUACAUGGUGAUCUCCUGGAAGCCUCCUCUGGAUAGCGGUGGAGUCGACGUCUCCAACUACAUCAUCGAGAUGAGAGAUGUCAAUAGAGACACCUGGACCACUGUGACGUCUGCCACCACUAAGACCACAUGCAAGAUUCCAAAGCUGACUGAAGGCAGAGAGUACAUCAUGAGGAUCUCUGCAGAGAACAUGUACGGCAUCAGCGACCCUCUGGAGUCUGAGGAGAUGAGAGCUAAAGACCUCUUCAGAGUCCCAGAAGCCCCAGAGAUGCCCACAGUCAGGGAGGUGUAUGCCACCAACGCUCUGGUUCUUUGGAGCAGGCCACGCGAUGGAGGAAAACCCAUCACCAACUACAUCCUGGAGAAGAAGGAGGUUGGUGCCAAGAGGUGGUCCAGAGUCACCAGAGAUCCGCUGUACCCGGCCACCCAGUACCGAGUCCAGGACCUGGUGGAGGGCUGCGAGUAUGAGUUCAGGGUGAUGGCUGAGAAUGAGCUGGGAACUGGAGACCCUAGCGAACCAUCCAAACCAAUCCUGGCCAAAGACCCUAUCGUUUGUCCCAGUCCUCCUGUGACGCCCGAGGCCUAUGACAAAACUAAAGACUCAGUCAGUCUCAAGUGGCAGAUGCCUCGUCACGAUGGAAAGGGCCGGAUCUUUGGGUACCUGGUCGAGUACCAGAAGCCCGGCGCCGUGGAGUGGAUUCAGGCCAAUGCAACUCCAGAGGAGUGUCCAGACUUGCACUAUGUGGUGACAGGAUUGGCUGAUGGACAGGAGUACGCCUUCAGGAUCUUCACUGUGAAUGCCGCUGGCAAAUCUGACCCAGCCUAUGUUAAAGAGAACAUCAAAGUCCACGACAGACUGGAGGCUCCAGAGCUGCUGCUGGAUGCUAACAUGGCCCGUGAUCACCUAGCCAUGCUGGGCACCGACAUCACCCUGAGCGCCACCAUCAAGGGUGUCCCCACACCAACCGUUAGCUGGAAGAAGGAUGAUGGAGACAUGCCGGCCCACGUUGCCGUGGCUGUCACUGCCUCCGGAAGCAAAGCGUUCAUCCCCAAAUCUGUCCGAGCUGACUCUGGAAACUACACCAUCACUGUAGAAAAUGCAGCUGGGAAGAAGUCUGCCACUGUGGCAGUACUGGUACUAAAUAAACCUUCUCCUCCCAGAGACCUGGUGAUCUCAGAGGUGACCAGCGAGUCAGCCUACCUGACCUGGAAGGCUCCAGAGGACAACGGGGGUGCAGUCAUCUCCCACUAUGUGGUGCAUAAGAAGGAUGUGGCUGCAGAUCAGUGGGUACCUGUGGCUGCAGCCAAUAAGAAGCUGAGUCUGAUGGCCAUGUACCUGAUGGAAGGAAUCCAGUACCUGUUCAGGGUCGCCGCUGAAAACCAAUUUGGCAGGAGCGACUUCAUUGUGACCAAGACGCCCAUCAAGGCCCUUGAUCCACUUUAUCCACCUGGUCCACCCAAGAACCUUCACCACACUGAUGCAGAAAAGACAGAGGUUUGGUUGGCAUGGGAGUGGCCUGAACGCACCGGUGGAAGUGAAAUCACUGGGUUCAUUGUUGAACACCAGGAGGAGGGCCAGACUGACUGGGUCACAUUCAAGACCGUUAGCAAUGACCACACUCAUGUUACUGGUUUGGAGGAAGGGAAGACAUAUCGCUUCAGGGUCAAAGCUCAGAAUGCGAUUGGAGUGAGUCGUCCGGACACCAGUGUCCCCGUCACCUGCCAGGAGAAGACAUUGGCACCAACAAUUGAAGUUGAUGUGAAGCUUAUUGAGGGCCUUGUUGUAAAGGCUGGAAGCUCUAUUGUCCUUCCUGCCAAGAUGACCGAUCCCAUUCCUACUGCCAAAUGGAUGACAGAUGGCCAAGAGAUUGCAUCUGAGGGCCGCUUCAAGAUCGAGACUGCUGGUUCCUCCACCAUCCUUAGCAUCCCUGAAUGCCAGAGAGGAGACACUGGAGAAUAUGUCCUUAGUGUUUCCAACCCUGCAGGAAGUAAGACAGUCGCCCUGCACGUCACUGUGCUUGAUCUUCCAGGUCCACCCAUUGGACCCAUCAACAUCCUGGAGGUAACACCUGAUCACAUGAUGAUUCAGUGGAGGCCACCAAAGGAUGAUGGUGGAACGCCUGUCACUAACUAUGUGGUGGAAAAGAAGGAUGUGAAGAAGCCAUGGGAGCCCUGGUCUGUUGUCAGCUCCGGUGGCACCAGUACCAAAGCUAAGGUGUCCAGGCUGGAGAAGGGCCGUGAGUAUAUUGUACGUGUCCGGGCUGAAAACAAGAUUGGCAUUGGGGCAGGACUGGAGAGUCCACCUACUAUUGCCAAGCACAUGUUCAACCCUCCUGGUUCACCAGGCCUACCAGAGUGUUCUGAUAUCACAGAAAAUGCUGUCACCGUGUCAUGGCCUCUGCCAGACUACGAUGGCGGCAGCCCCAUCAGCGGCUACGUGAUUGAGCGUAGAGAGAUGACCGGAAAGUGGAUCCGUGUCAACAAAACUCCUGUUCUGGACCUCAGAUACAGAGUCUCUGGCCUGUUUGAGGGCAACACUUAUGAGUUCAGAGUGUUUGCUGAAAACGUUGCUGGCAUCAGUGAACCCUCACCCACCUCUGACCCAAUCAAAGCCACUCGCGCCAUCACCAAACCAGGACCUCCUGGUAAUCUUAAACUGAAGGACUGGAGCAAGUCUUAUGCUGACAUUUGCUGGACGAAGCCCACAAGAGAUGGAGGCAGUCCAAUCCUGGGCUACGUCAUUGAAGCUCAGAAGUCAGGAACUGCUCAGUGGGACAGAAUUAACAAGGACCUCAUCAAGAUGUGUGCUUAUAGAGUCCCAGGCCUAAUUGAAGGACUAGAGUACAGAAUCCGUGUCAGAGACAACAAAGUUGGUGACAGUGAACCCAGGGAGCUUCCUGAAACCAUCUUGGCAAAGGAUAUCUUGGUUCCACCUGAGGUUGUGGUUGAUGUGUCAUGCCGUGAUUCUCUGACAGUCAGAGCUGGUCAGAUUAUCAGUCUGAUCACCAGAGUGAAGGGAAGACCAGAUCCUGAGAUCACAUGGACAAAGGAUGCCAGAGCUUUGGGUCGUGACAAGAGAACAGAAAUGAACAAUAACUACCCUCUGUGUGAGCUGGUCAUUAAUGAUGCUGUCAGGUCUGACUACGGCAAAUAUGCUAUUGUUGCCAAGAACAGCAGUGGACAGGCUCAGGCCACCAUCAUUGUCAAUGUCUUGGACACACCAGGACCUUGCCAGAAUGUGAAGGUGGCCUAUGUGACCAAGAACUCCUGCAUGGUGUCCUGGGAGAACCCUGAAGACAAUGGAGGAAGCGAAAUCACACAGUACAUCAUUGAGUGCCGUCAGCCAAGCCAGAGAGGAUGGACUGUGGUCUCCAAUGACUGUACUAAGCGGCUGAUGAAGGCUCCUCUGACCGAAGGCUGCGAGUAUUUCUUCCGUGUGAGUGCAGAGAACAAGGUUGGUGCUGGUCCACCCACUGAGACCAAGACCCCUGUAUUGGCAGUUGAUCCUGUUGAGAAGCCAGGAGAACCAGUUGACUUCCAGAUUGGUGAGAUUGGCAAGACCUUCUGCUUCCUGAAGUGGAAGAAGCCAGACUAUGAUGGCGGCAGCCGCAACCUGGGUUAUCAUGUUGAGAAGAAGCCAAAGGAAGCUGAAGAGUGGGAGAGGCUUCACAAGGGAGCCAUCAAAGAAACAUACUUCAUGGCAGACAGGUGCAUCGAAAACCAAAUCUAUCAGUUCAGAGUUCAGACUAAGAAUGAAGGCGGCGAGAGCAACUGGGUGACCACAGCUGAAGUCUUGGUGAAAGAACAGUUAGUGGAGCCUGAGAUCAAGAUGAAACUGGAUGGAAUCCUUGUGGUCAAAGCUGGAGACUCUGUACCGAUUGAGGCAACUGUGAAGGGCAAACCCCAGCCUGAUGUGAAAUGGACUAAAGAUGACAGCACAGAUGAGAUCAGGAGGGGCCCUAGGCUUCAGAUUGAAAGCGGUACUGACUUCUCCAAACUACUGGUCACUGGUGCUAGGCGCUCCGACAGUGGUAAAUACGUCAUUACUGCCUCAAACAGCGCUGGAACCUGCACUGCUCAUGCCUCAGUCAAUGUGCUAGACAGACCAGGUCCCAUCAGAGAUCUUAAGGUGUCUGGAGUCACCAUUGACAGGUGCCAACUCACCUGGGAAGUUCCAGAGGAUGACGGCGGUUGUGACAUUUAUAACUACAUUAUUGAGAAGUGUGAGACCAAGAGAGGAGUCUGGUCAGUCCAUUCCAAUGCCAUCAUCACCAACAAAGCUAAUGUCACCCGUCUGAUUGAGGGCAAUGAGUACAUCUUCAGAGUCCGUGCUGAAAAUAAGAUGGGUCCUGGUCCUGCAGUGGAGAGUGAAGCCAUUGUUGCUGGAACCCAGUUCACCGUACCAGAUGCUCCUGAAGCACCAGAAGUUACUAAGAUUUCAAAAGAAGAAAUGACAGUGGAGUGGUGUGAGCCUGACAAAGAUGGUGGAAAGCCAAUCACAGGUUAUCUGUUGGAGAAGAGAGAGGAGCAUGCUGUAGAUGGUCUCUGUCAACAAGGAUCCAAGCCCAGAACUCGUUUCACUGUAACUGGACUUCUGCCGCUCCAUGACUACCAGUACAGAGUCAAGGCCGUCAAUGAGAUUGGCAUUGGCAACCCAAGCAAGGCUUCACGUGCCAUUACAGCGAAGGAUGCUGUUGAACCUCCUGCUCCUCCAACGAACUUGAAGGUUCUGGACAGUACCAAAUCCACAGUGACCUUGGGCUGGACCAAGCCUGUGUCUGACGGUGGAGCUCCCCUCAUCGGCUACGUGGUGGAGAUGAGGCUUCAGGGAUCUGCCAAGAAGGGAGAUGAUGGCUGGAAGAGGUGUAAUGUCGCUGCUCAGCUGGUUGUGUGCGAGUUCACAGUAACGAGUCUGGAUGAGAAGCUUCUGUAUGAAUUUAGAGUGUCAGCUCAGAACCAGGUGGGCAUGAGUCUGCCCUGUGACCUCGGUGAACCUGUGAUUCCAAGAGAGAUUCUGGAGGCUCCAGAGAUCGACCUGGAUGCCAACCUGAAGCAGGGCCUGACGGUGAGAGCCGGCUGUCCCAUCAGGCUUUGUGCUACCAUCAGAGGCAGACCACCUCCAAAAGUCACCUGGAGAAGGAUGGGCAUUGACAACGUGGUGCGGAAAGGAAAAGUGGACCUGAUUGACACCAUGACCUUCCUGGUGAUCCCUGAUAGCACUCGCGGACGACUCGGAAAAUACUGUCUGACUUUGCAGAGUCCGGCUGGAGAGAAGGCCGUGUUUGUCAACGUUAAGGUUCUGGACACUCCUGGACCAGUGAUAAACCUGGAAGCUACUGACAUCAAGCAGACGUCAGCCAUGUUGUCCUGGAGUCCCCCAGACAACGAUGGUGGCAGCGAAGUCACACAUUAUAUCGUAGAGAAGCGUGAGAUCGACCGCAAGACAUGGGCAACAGUUAAAGCUGAAGUGGAGAAGGAUAAGGUUCCCUUCAAAGUGGGUGGUCUGAUCCCAGGUACCGAGUAUUACUUCAGAGUCACAGCUGUGAACGAGUACGGCCCUGGAGUUCACAGAGUCAGUGCCACAUCCUACCUGGCGUCUGAUCCUGUCAGUAAACCCGAUCCCUGUCAGAAGAUUGAGGUGUUGGAGAUCACAAAGAACAGUGCCAUGGUGGGCUGGGUGAAGCCUAUGAGGGAUGGAGGUGCUAAGAUUGAUGGUUAUGUGAUUGAGUACAUUGAGGUCAAACCUCCUCCUGAACCUCCAGCACCUGCAGAGGUUCCAGAAGGAGAGGAAGCUCCUCCUCCUCCACCUCCUCCAGUAGAAGAAGAAGAGGUGGAACCUGAGAAGGAGGUUUGGAAUGCCUACACUACAGUUAAAGGUCUGAGCAUCAGUGUCAGCGGCCAGGAAGGAAAGAGGUACAGGUUCAGAGUUGCUGCCAAGAACAUGAUGGGCCUGAGUCUGUUCACUGAAACCAGAGAUGCCGUGGAAAUCAAGGAGCAGAUGAUGGAACCAAAGAUCGUCAUGCCUGAGACCGUUAGCGACAGGGCCGGAGCCAAACUCCGCGUGGAGGCAGUGGUGUCAGGUAAACCUUCUCCGACCUGUAAGUGGAUGCGUGCGAAGGUGGCAGUGGUGCCCUCCAGCCGUCUGGCCGUCCAUCAGUCCGGAAACCUGUGUGUCCUGAUCAUCAAAGACGUGUCGAGGCACGACAGUGGAGAGUACGGCCUGGUGGCUGAAAACAGCUCUGCCAAGGUCACCCAGGCCCUGAAGAUCAUCAUCAGAGACAUCCCUGGUCCUCCUGAAGGUCCCGUGGAAAUCAGUGACAUUGAUUCCGACGCCUGCUCUCUGUCCUGGAACAAACCUCUGGAGGACGGAGGCAGCAACAUCACCAACUACGUAGUGGAGAAAUGCGAUAUAAGUCGAGGAGACUGGGUGACCGCUGUGUCUUCCUGCCCCAAGACUACCACCAGACUUGGAAAACUCAUCCCUGGAAAGGAAUAUGUAUUCCGUAUCAGAGCAGAGAACAGAUAUGGUGUAUCUGCCAUCCAGACUGACAGGAUGGUCGCCAAGUUCCCCUUCGAUGUUCCCAGCGAGCCGCUCAAUUGUCGCAUCAACAAGACCAACAAGGACUGUAUGUUCGUGGCCUGGGACAAACCAGAGAGCGAUGGCGGCAGCCCCAUCACCGGAUACUACAUCGAGCGUAAAGAGAGAAACAGCCUGCUGUGGGUGAAGGCCAAUGACACCGUGGUCCGGACCACCGAGUACCCCUGUGCCGGCCUCAUUGAGGGCCUGGAGUACACCUUCAGAGUGUCUGCCAUCAACCGGGCUGGUCAAGGCAAACCCAGCAAGAAGACAGACUUUGUCACUGCUAGAACACCUGUGGUACACACCCCAGGCAAACCUGAAAUCUUGGAUGUGACCAAGAACUCCGUCACCCUAGUCUGGACUCGUCCUAAGAAUGAUGGUGGCAGUAAGAUCAUCGGUUACUACGUGGAGGCCAUGCGUGUUCCAGGAGACACGUGGGUCAGAUGCAACACCAGCAGCCAGAAUGUUCCAAGAGAAGAAUACACAGUGACUGGCCUGGAGAGAGACCUGCAGUACCAGUUCAGAGUCAUCGCCAAGACGGCCGUCAACAUGAGCAAACCAUCUGAGCCCACAGACCCUUGUCUUACCUGUCAAUCUGUCCUCCUUUCAGUUCCUCCAAGAGUGGAACUCAAUGCUCGCAUGCAGAAGGGCUUCAAAGUGAAGGCUGGGUCUACAGUCCUGCUGGAGGCUGAGGUGUUUGAGCCCAUGCCCAAAGUGACGUGGAAGAGAGGCGAUGACAGCCUGAAGUCUGCCGAAGGCCAGGUCAUAACACACUCCAGAAACCAUUUCCAGCUGGAGAUGACCGAUGUGACCAAAGAACACACUGGAACGUACACCAUCACAGCAGAGAAUGCCAGUGGAUCCAAGACCGCCGAGGUCCAGGUUCAGGUCCUCGAUGUUCCUGGUCCUCCUGCAAAUGCCAAAUAUCUGGAGGUAUUUGCCACCGGUCUGAAACUGUCUUGGGAGCCUCCACUGAAGGACGGUGGAGCCCCCAUUAAGAACUUUGUUGUGGACAAACGCGAGACCAGCCGAGCCAACUGGGCCCAAGUCUCUGCCAAGAUCAAGGGUGAUGUCCUGGAGUUGAACGUGGAGAAGCUUAUUGAGGGCCGGGAGUACCAGUUCAGAAUUCGGGCUGAGAACACAUGGGGAGUCGGUGAUGCCCUUGUGACCAACCCUGUCAUCGCUAAGAACCCCUUCACUGUUCCUGGACCAUGUGAGGCUCCAGUCAUCACCAACGUGACCAAAGAUCACAUGACUGUGAGCUGGAAAGAACCAGCUGAUGAUGGAAAGUCCCCCAUCCUGGGCUACAUGUUGGAAAGGAAAGAGACUAAAGACAUGAACUGGACCAAACUGAACCGAAAGCCGAUGACAGAGCGGACUCUGGACGUCACCGGACUUACUGAGGGAACUGAGUACGAGUUCAGGGUUAUUGCCGUCAAUGUGGCUGGACUGGGUAAACCCAGCGAGCCAUCUGAGGGAGCCACUGCACAAAACCCCAUCACUCCUCCUGGUCCUGUUCAGAACCCCAGUGUGACUGACACCACCCAUAGUACCAUUAGCCUGACCUGGACAGCCCCUGCCAACACGGAGGAAAGUCCCAUCAUCGGAUACUUAGUGGAAUGCAAGAGGAUCGGAACCAAUGACUGGAUCCGCUGCAAUGUCCCCAGAAACCUGCAGGACACCAGCUACACCAUCCAGAACCUGAUCAACAUGUCCGAGUACCAGUGUAGAGUCACUGCUGUCAACAAGGUUGGCUUCAGUGAACCAGCUGAAGUACCAGGAACACACGUCGCCAAGGACAUCAUUGUGCCUCCAGAGGCUGAACUGGAUGCUGAGCUCAAGGAUGGUCUAGAACUCCGGGCUGGAGCCACCAUGAGGCUUCACGCCACCUAUAAGGGUCGACCCACUCCAAAGAUCACCUGGGCCAAGAUGAGUAGCAACAUCAAGGACAGGCAGGGCAUUGUCAUCAAGACCUCCAAUGUGGACACCAUGGUGGUGGUGGAGCACGUCAACAGAUAUGAUGCUGGCAAGUACAUCCUCAACCUGGAGAGUUCAGCAGGAAUGAAGAUGUACAACAUCGUGGUCAAGGUCCUUGACACUCCUGGACCUCCACAGAACUUGGUGGUGAAGGAGACUACCAAGGAAGCCUCCAUCUAUUGGGAUGCUCCUCUGAUUGAUGGUGGAUCUGAAAUCACGCACUACAUUGUGGAGAAGCGUGACACUGAGAGGAAAGCCUGGUCCAUUGUUUCCAACAGCUGCAACAAGACAGCGUUCGACAUCACAGAUCUGGAAGCUGGACGCUCCUACUGCUUCAGAGUGUCCGCAGUGAACCAGUUUGGUGCUGGAGAGACAUGCGAGACGGCCGACUCAGUUAGAGCAUCAGAGGAGCCUGGGCCCGUCAUGGACUUUAAGACUCUGCUGGUCACCAAAGACUCAUGCACUCUGAGCUGGAAAAAGCCUCUGACUGAUGGCGGCAGCCGCAUCAUCUGCUAUGUCUUGCAGGUUUUGAAUGGAGAAGACAAGUACAAAGAGCUGAUGAGAUCCAAAAACAUGCAGUACAGCGCCAAAGACCUGGUGGAGGGCCGUGAGUACAACUACCGUGUGAUGGCCGUCAACGACUCUGGAGAGAGCUCCCCUAAAGAGCUGACGGUGGUUGCCAAGGACCAGAUCAUUCAUCCAAGCUGUGACCUCAGAGAACUGCCCAACAUGUGCUACAUUGCCAAAGAAGGCAGCACUGUCCGCCUGAAGAUCCCCAUCAUUGGAAAACCCACGCCAAAGGUCACCUGGAAGAAGGGGGAUGACGAAGACUUGACCGACACUGGCCGAGUGUGUGCUGAAUCAUCUGCAGUCAACACAACUCUCCUGAUCCGGGACUGCCAGAGAAGCGACGCCUCCAAGUACAUCAUCACACUGAGGAACAGCGCUGGCACCAAGGAAUUCUACCAUAUCAUCAGGGUUGUGGGUAAACCCAGUAUCCCUGUCGGUCCUGUGAAGUUCAAAGAUGUCGCCGCUGAUGGCGUCACUUUGAAGUGGGGUGCUCCUAAAGAUGACGGCGGCUCUGAGAUCACCAACUACAUCCUGGAGAAGAGAGACUCAAUCACCAACAUGUGGGUGACAGUGUCAUCCUCUGUGGACACCAACAGCAUGAGGGUGACUGGACUGCAUGAAGGCACCGAGUACAUCUUCAGGGUCUGCGCUGAGACAAGUAUGUGCGUUGGAGAGGGACUCAAGUCUGAACCCAUUGUGGCCAAACAUCCCUUCAGUAAAUGUCCUGAUGCUCCUGCACCACCUGACGUUAGUAUGCGUCAUGACUCCGCCUAUCUGGCCUGGAAUGAUCCCAGAAAGACUGGAGGAUCGCCGAUUACAGGAUAUCAUGUUGAGUUUAAAGAGAGGAAUAGUAUGUUGUGGAAGAGGGCAAGUCCGGCAGCUCUGAGGAUGAAGGAGCACAAAGUCACUGGGCUGACUGAAGGUCUGGAGUAUGAGUUCAGAGUCAUGGCCAUCAACUGGCUGGUAUUGGCAGACCAAGUGCACCCCACUGAUCCACAGGUCGCCCUUGAUCCAAUUGAUGCUCCCGGUAAACCUGAUGUGAUCAGCAUUUCCAGGAGUACCGUGACCCUGCAGUGGACAGAGCCUACAUUCGAUGGUGGCCACAGACUGACUGGAUACAUUGUCGAGAGGCGUGACCUCCCCUCAAAGAUCUGGGUGAAGGCCAACAAUGUGAAUGUUGUGGAUCCAGCAUUCACUGUCACUGACCUGCAGGAGGGUUGCAAAUACGAGUUCAGAAUAAGAGCCAAGAAUGCAGCUGGGGCACUUAGUCCACCCUCUGAUCAGACAGACACCAUUAUCUGCACUGAUGAAUAUGCUGCACCGACCAUUACUAUUGAUGCUCAGGUGAUGGAGGGUUUGACUGUCCGAGCAGGUGACACAAUCGUUAUCACUGCCACCAGCAUUUUGGGAAAACCAGCACCAACCUCCUGCUGGUCAAAGGGAGGAAAGUACUUCAAACCAUCUGAUAUUGUUCACAUUGAGACAACUGCCACCUCCUCCACUCUGUCCAUCAAGUACGCCAGCAGGAAGGACUCUGGAGAGUACACCAUCACUGCCAGCAACCCCUUCGGAGUCAAAGAGGAAACUGUCAAGGUGAAAGUCUUGGAUGUUCCUGGAGCUCCCAGUCCCAUUGAAUGCAGUGGAGUCUCCUCUGAGAAGGUGACUCUGACCUGGACAGCUCCAGCUGAGGAUGGUGGUUCUCCUAUCAAGUACUACACCCUGGAGAAGAGGGAGACAAGCCGUCUGCUAUGGACCAUCCUGGAAGAGAAGGUCAUUGACUGUCACUAUGUGGCCAACAAGCUCAUCCAGGGCAAUGAGUACCUCUUCAGGGUCUCUGCUGUUAACCAGUAUGGCUCCAGUGAGCCAUCACAUUCAGAGGCUGUCAAGAUGGUUGAUAGAUUCGGUCCUCCGGGUCCACCAUCUAAACCAGAAGUUGAGAAGGUUGAUGGAAAUUCAGCCACUGUGACCUGGAGGAGACCAGCUGAUGACGGAGGAAGUGAUAUCAUUGGUUACUGUCUUGAGAAGAAGGAGAAGAAGGCGAUGAGAUGGAUUCGGGCUUCCAAGAAAUCCAUUGCUGAGCUUACCUAUGAUGUGACUGGCCUCACUGAGGGUAUUGAGUAUGAGUUCAGGGUUCUGGCUGAGAACAAAGCUGGAUAUGGAGAACCAAGUGAACCAUCGAUGCCAGUUAGAACAAUUGUUGCUGCCUAUGUUCCUGGACCUCCAGUCAAUCCAAGAGUCACAGACACAACCAAAAGCACUGCCACUCUGAACUGGGGUAAACCUCUUGAUAAUGGUGGACUUGAAGUCACUGGAUAUGUGAUUGAGCACAAGAAAGAAGGAACAGAAGAAUGGGUUAAAGACACACCUUCAUCUCCACUUAGGAUCACAGAGUUUGUUGUUCCUGAGCUGGAAACUGGUGCAAAAUACCACUUCAGAAUUAGCGCUGUGAAUGCAAAGGGAAUGGGUGAGCCAGCUGAAACACAGGAGCUGGUUGAGAUCGUGGAACGUGCAGCUGAACCUGAGUUUGAGCUGGAUGUUGAACUGAGGAGGACUCUUGUUGUAAGAGCUGGCUGCUCCAUUCGCCUCUUUGUCCCGAUCAAGGGACGUCCUACUCCUACAGUCACCUGGACCAAGGAAGGCGGCGCCAUCCCACGUGCAGUCAUCGACAGCACUGAGUCGUUUACAAUGCUGCUUAUCCCUGAGAGUACAAGGAUUGAUGCUGGUAAAUAUGAACUUACCCUUGAAAAUUCCUCUGGAAAGAAGACUGCUGAUAUUCAUGUGAAAGUUUUGGAUUCACCUGGACCUCCAAUUAACCUUAAACCAGUCAAGAUUGACAAGGAAAGCAUCACUCUUCAAUGGGAGCUGCCUCUUAUUGAUGGUGGAGCAAAGAUCACAAAUUACAUCAUUGAGAAGAGAGAAUCAACACGCAAGGCUUUUGCUACUGUUGUAACAAAGUGCCCAACUACUUCAUGCCGAAUUGGUGAUCUUGGAGAAGGCUGUGAAUAUUACUUCAGGGUGUCUGCUGAGAACGAGUAUGGCAUUGGUGAAGCUGUUGAAACUCCAGAUCCAAUCCGUGCAUCCCAGGCACCUACUCCUCCAGAGAGCAUUAUUCCCACUGACAUUACCAAGAACUCUGUGAGCCUGGCCUGGAAACCCAAGCAUGAUGGUGGAAGCAAUACAGGAUAUGUACUUGAAGCUCAGAAGAAGGGAACUGAUCAGUGGGCCCAUGUUACAACAGUGAAAACAAUGGAUUUCACUGUGAAGAAUCUAAAUGAGAAUGAAGAAUACAUUUUCCGUGUUAUGGCUGUCAAUGUUGCAGGUAGAAGCGCGCCACGUGAAAGCAAACCCAUUGAGGUGAAGGAGUCUACUUCAUUGCCUGAGUUUGACCUGCGUGGUGUUUGUCAGAAGACUAUUAUUGCCAAGGCGGGAGAUGACAUCAAAGUUGAAAUUCCAGUUAUGGGACGCCCUAGGCCCACUGUCUCAUGGCAGAAGGAUGGUGGAUCCAUGAAGUUCACACAGAGAACCAAUGCAGAGACGACAGCUGCUACAGUUAUUCUCAGCAUCAAUGAAUGUACCAGAGCCGACAGUGGUGUGUACACUAUGACUGGAAAGAACAUUGCAGGAUCUGUGUCAGACAACAUUAUUGUUAAAAUCCAUGAUGUUCCUGGGCCACCUAAAGGACCAAUCAAGAUUGUAGAGAUUUCGCGUACUUAUUGUGUCUUUGCAUGGGACACUCCUGAAAAUGAUGGUGGAGUUCCCAUCAACAAUUAUGUUGUUGAGAUCAGAGACACCACCUCUCAGACAUGGAAUGAGCUGUCUUCCACUGUGAUCCGCACCAUGUUCAAAGCUAUUCGACUGAACACAGGAUCAGAAUACCAGUUCCGAGUGAAGGCUAAGAACAGAUAUGGUGUUGGAGUACCUAUCACUUCACAGACAGUGGUAGCUGCCUAUCCAUUCAAAGCCCCUGGACCUCCUGGCACACCUAAUGUUGUUGCAUUCACUAAGGACUCGAUUACAAUUGGCUGGAAUGAGCCUGUAUCUGAUGGUGGAAAUGAAGUCAUUGGAUACCAUGUUGAAAGGAAAGAAAGAAGCAGCAUUAUGUGGCAAAAGAUCAGCAAGGGUAUCGUGAAAGGAAACAUCUUCAAAUCGUCUGGACUUGAAGAUGGAGUUGCCUACGAGUUCCGUGUCACAGCUGAAAACAUGGCUGGUAUUGGUAAGCCCAGCAAGGCAUCUGAAGCCAUUCUGGCUUUGGACCCUGUUGACCCACCAGGUCAGCCUGUGCCAACAUUUGUUAAUAAGAAUGUUAUCACAAUUGAAUGGACAAAGCCUGAGUAUGAUGGUGGCUUCAAAAUCACUGGCUACACGGUGGAGAAGAGAGAGCUACCUACUGGUCGCUGGAUCAGAGCUAACUUUACUAACAUCAUUGAGACAACAUUCACUGUCAGUGGAUUGACUCAAGAUGCAUCCUAUGAGUUCCGUGUCAUUGCCAGAAACUCAGCUGGUGCAAUAAGUAUGCCCUCUGAUCCUUCAGAUCCAAUUACCUGCAAAGAUGAUAUUAUUGAGCCACGCAUUAUGGUUGAUGCCAUCUUUAAAGAUGUUGUACUCCUGAAGGCAGGGGAGUCCUUCAAACUUGAUGCAGACAUUGCUGGUCAGCCAACCCCAUCUAUGGUUUGGACCAAGAAUGGAAAGGAAGUGGAGAACACAAUGAAACUGGAGGUUAGGUUCACCGAUGUGACCACCACUCUAACCAACAAGGACUCUAUCCGAUCUGAUGGAGGAGAAUUUGUUCUGACUGCCACUAAUGUUGGUGGAUUUGCAAAGCACAUCUUUAACGUUAAAGUACUUGACAGACCUGGACCUCCAGUCGGUCCUCUAAAGGUGUCUAAUGUUACUGCUGACAACUGUGUACUCACCUGGGCUCCACCUGCAGAUGAUGGCGGUGCCAAGAUUGAAGGAUAUGUGAUUGAGAAACGUGAAUCAAGCAGACUAGUCUGGACCAAUGUGGCUUCAGACCUACAAGUCACACAGCACAAGGUGACCAAGCUACUGAAAGGAAAUGAAUACAUCUUCAGGGUUAUGGCUGUAAACAAAUACGGACUUGGUGAGGCUCUUGAUUCUGAACCAACUAUGGCUGAUAAUCCAUACGUGGUUCCAGAUCCUCCAGAGAAUCCAGAAGUGACAGCUAUCACUAAAGAUUCAAUGGUUGUCAUGUGGCAAGCUCCUAAGAGUGAUGGUGGAACUCCCAUCACCAACUAUAAUGUUGAAAGAAAAGACAGAAUUGGGCUCCGUUGGGUGAAAUGCAACAAGAGGAAGGUGAAAGAUCUGCAGUUCAAAGCAACAGGCCUCCUCGUUGGUCAUGAAUAUGAAUUCAGAAUAGUGCUGAGAAUGCAGCUGGAAUUACGUGCACCAAGUGCUGCCAGUCCUUUCUACAAGGCUGAUGCUCUGUACAAGCCAGGGGCUCCAUGCAACACCAAGAAUCUAGACACAACCAAGUCCUCUAUUACUGUUGCCUGGAACAAACCUAUGUAUGAUGGAGGCUCAGACAUCACUGGUUACAUUGUGGACUGUAUCCCAUCUGAAAAGGAGGAAGAGGAGGCGUGACCAUUGUGACACCUAAGGAAGGACUUCCUUGCUACCUCCUUCACCAUAAUCAACCUGAAAGAAAACCAAGCGUACAUUAACAUUUCUGCUCUUAACAGUGAAGGAAUUGGAGAACCGGCAUGUGUACCUGGAAAUCCCAAGGCUGAGGACAGGCUCCUUCCUCCAGAGAUUGAUCUGGAUGCUGAGCUCCGUAAGGUUGUCAGCCUUAGAGCUUGCUGCUCACUUAGACUCUUUGUUCCAAUCAGAGGCAGACCAGCUCCUCAGGCCAAAUGGACUAAAGAGGACGGAGAGCCCGUUGAAAGGGCAACCAUUGACAGUACGACAUCAUACACCUCACUUGUGAUUGAAAAUGUUAACAGGUUUGACAGUGGAAAGUAUAAUCUUACAGUUGAAAACAGCUCUGGUUCUAAGACAGCUACAGUUCAAGUCAGGGUGCUCGAUACACCAAGUGCACCCCAGAAUCUAAAGAUUACUGCUGUAACAAAUGAAUCUGUCACUCUAACUUGGGAUCCUCCUGUAAAUGACGGAGGGGUCAAGGUUAAGAACUACAUUGUUGAGAAGCGUGAGUCCACGCGAAAAGCCUAUGCCACUGUCAACGCUAACUGUCAUCACACCACUUUCACGGUUACUCAACUACUGGAAGGAUGCAACUAUUACUUCAGAGUUCUGGCUGAGAAUGAAUAUGGCAUCGGCCUGCCCAUUGAGUCUGGAGAAUCGGUUAAAGUGUCAGACAAGCCACAGCCACCAGGCAAAAUUACUCUUAAGGAUGUGACAAAGAACAGUGUCACUCUCUCUUGGGAGAAGCCAGAGCAUGAUGGUGGUAGCAGAAUUGGCUGUUAUGUUGUUGAGAUUCAGCCUAAAGGAGUUGAUAAAUGGACUCAGGCUACUAUUGCAAAAGACACAGAAGCUACUAUCAGUGGCCUCAAUGCAGGUGAAGAAUACAUGUUCCGUGUAGCAGCUAAAAAUGAGAAGGGAUCAAGUGAGCCACGCCAAAUUGGUGUUCCUGUAAUUGUAAAAGAUCUUGUCAUUGCACCAGCUGCCAAAUUACUGUUCAACACAUUCAGUGUGUUGGCAGGAGAAGAUCUGACAGUUGAUAUUCCAUAUGUUGCACGACCCAAAGCAACUGUUAACUGGGCUAAGGAUGGCCAGCCUUUGAAGAGAACUACCAGAGUGAACUUCAGUGCAACAGACACAAUGCUGAACCUUAAUGUAAAGGAGGCAGCUAGAGAUGAUGUUGGACACUAUCUUAUUACUCUUAGCAAUACAGCAGGAGAGUCAACAGUUGACAUUGGUAUUGUUGUUCUUGACAAACCCGGCCAGCCAGGUGGUCCAGUGAAGAUAGAGGAGGUCACUUCUGAUAGUGCAACCAUCUCGUGGAAUAAACCAGAUUAUGAUGGUGGUUGUACUAUCAAACACUAUAUUGUGGAGAAGAGAGACACAUCCACUACAAACUGGAUGGUUGUAUCUCCUAACCUGGCAAGAACCAAAAUCAAGGCAGGCAGACUCAAGACUGGCUCAGAGUAUCAGUUUAGAAUCACAGCAGAAAACAGGUAUGGAAAAGGACCAGUUCUUUUAUCAGAGUGUAUUGUAGCCCAAUACCCAUACAAACUGCCAGGGCCUCCAGGAACACCAUCCAUCGCAGCUUGCACCAAGGACAGCAUGGUGGUGGCAUGGAAUGAACCUGUCAAUGAUGGUGGAAGUACUAUCUUGGGUUAUCAUCUUGAACGAAAAGAGAGAAAGAGCAUUCUGUGGGUGAAACUUAACAAAUCUCUUAUUACUGACCAGACCUUCAAGACCACUGGUUUGGAACCUGGAAUGGAAUAUGAAUACAGAGUUUAUGCUGAAAACAUUGUUGGAAUUGGCAAAGCUAGCAAAGUCUCUGAAGGUGUUAUUGCCAGAGAUCCUUGUGAUCCUCCUGGCACCCCUGAGGCAACAAAGAUCACUAAGGACUCUGUAACCAUUGUUUGGACCAAACCUGAGUAUGAUGGUGGUGCAAAGGUUACAGGCUACAUUGUGGAAAAGAAGGAACUACCUGAAGGCCGUUGGCUGAAGGCUAACUUCACUAAUGUCAUCGAAACAGAGUAUGUUGCUACAGGACUUGUGCAGGACAAUCAAUAUGAGUUCCGUGUCAUUGCCAGAAAUGCAGCAGGUGUUUUCAGCCCUCCCUCUUACAGCACCGGUCCUAUCACUGCCAAAGAUGAGAUUGAACCACCACGCGUCAGCAUUGACCCUGAGUACACACAGACCAUUGUGGUUAAUGCUGGAGACAACUUUAAGAUUGAUGCAGAUGUUCAUGGCAAACCGCUGCCCUCUAUUCACUGGAUGAAAGGAGAGCAGGAACUGGGAAACACCAUUCAUAGAGAGAUUAAAAAUAUUCCAACCAAGGCUUUCAUUUCUGUCAAGGAAGCUAAACUUGCAGAUGGUGGCGAGUACACGCUGCUGCUGAAAAAUCCAGGAGGUGAAAAGGCUGUUAAGGUCAAUGUUGUUGUUCUAGACAAACCUGGAGAACCACAGGGACCUUUGAUUGUUACAGGAAUAAUGAGUGACCGUUGCUGCCUUGCAUGGAAAGCUCCUUUACAAGAUGGUGGUAGCAAAAUCUCCCACUAUGUAGUGGAGAGGAGAGAGACAAGCAGAUUAGUUUGGACUGUUGUUGAUCCCAAAGUUGUGAAUACUUGUCUUAAGGUCAAUAAACUACUAGAAGGAAAUGAAUACAUUUUCAAAGUCCAUGCUGUCAACCAGUUUGGAAUGGGUGCGCCACUUGAGUCAAGUCCAGUGAUCAUCAAAGAUCCAUACAUGCUGCCUGGAUCACCCAAGGCCUUAGAGGUUUCAGAUAUUAAAAAGGAUUCCAUGGUACUUACUUGGGAGGCUCCCACUGAAGAUGGUGGCAGUCCUAUAACUGGAUAUAUUAUUGAGAAGCAUGACAAAGAGGGAGUAAGAUGGACCAGAUGCAACAGGAAAACAGUGACUGACUUGACAUUCAAGGUCACCGCACUACUGGAGGGCCACAAUUAUGAGUUCAGAGUUGCAGCAGAGAAUGGUGUUGGGGUAGGUGAGCCAAGCUCCCCAACUGUACUCUACAAAGCUCUUGAUCCUAUCUUCAAACCUGGCCCACCACACAAUCCAAAAGUUACUGAUACCACUAAAACAUCAGUAUUCCUGUCAUGGGGCAAGCCUGUUAAUGAUGGAGGCUGUGAAAUCCAAGGAUACAUUGUUGAGUGUUGUACCACCACAGAGACAGCAGCACCAGCUGAGGCCUCUGCUGAAGCACAAGCUACAGAGGCACCUGCUGAGGAAUGGACCAUGUGCACACCACCAACAGGUGUCAAGAAGACCAAGUUUGAAGUUGCCAACCUGAAAGAAAACCAAGCUUACAAGUUUAGAGUAUGUGCUGUCAACAAAGUUGGAGUUGGUGAGCAUGCUGAUGUCUCUGGGGCUGUUGUUGCCCAGGAAAAGGCAGAAGAACCAGACCUUGAUAUUGACCCUGAGCUGAGAAACAUUGUGACAAUUAAAGCUGGAGCUUCCCUUAGGCUGUUUAUUCCUAUUAGAGGCAGACCUACUCCUACAAUAAAGUGGAAUAAAGAUGAAGGUGCACUUAAAGAGGCUGCUCAGGUUGAGACCACCAGCAGUUACACAUCCCUUGUAAUUGACAAAAUGAGCAGAAAUGACAGCGGGAAGUACACAGUCACAGCUGAGAACUCAAGUGGAACCAAAUCUGCGCUUGUAGUUGUCCGUGUUCUGGACACACCUAGUGCUCCAGUUAAUCUGAAAGUCAAAGAAAUUACCAACCAGUCAGUGACACUAGCAUGGGAACCACCUCUGUUAGAUGGCGGGUCCAAAAUUAAAAACUACAUUGUGGAAAAGAGAGAAAGCACCCGCAAAACUUAUGCAGCUGUGGUCACAAAUUGCCAUGCUCUUUCAUGGAAGAUUGAAUCUCUACAGGAAGGCUGCAGUUACUACUUCAGAGUCCUUGCUGAGAAUGCUCAUGGUGUUGGUCUGCCUGCAGCAACUGUUGAUCCUCUAAAGGUCUCAGAGGUGCCCCAAUGUCCAAAGAACCUGAUUGUUAAUGACCAAACUAAAACAAGUAUCUCUUUGGCCUGGGAGAAGCCCGAGUAUGAUGGUGGUAGUAGAGUCAUGCAAUACCUGCUUGAGGUGCAGCUUAAGGGCCAAGAGAAGUGGAAUGGUGUUAACACAUUUAAGACAAUGGAGGCUACUGUUUCUAAUCUUAACCCAGGAGAAGAAUAUUUGUUCAGAGUAACAGCAAUCAAUGAUAAGGGAAAGAGUGAUCCCAAACUCCUUGCUGGUCCAGUGAUGGCCAAAGACUUGGUCUUUGAGCCAGAUGUUCGACCAGCAUUUAACUACAGUGUCCAUGUGGGUAAAGACCUAAAUGUUGACAUCCCUAUCAUUGGGCGUCCCAAACCAACUGUCACAUGGAGUAAGGAUGGAGCUCCUUUGAAGUUCACCACCAGAGUGAAUAUUCUGAACACACCAACACAUACAACACUCAGCAUUAAGGAGGCAGCAGGUGAUGAUGGUGGCAUGUACAGUAUAAAUGUUGCUAAUUCAGCUGGAAAGAAAGAUACAACAGUUGAAAUCAUUGUACUUGACAAGCCUGGCCCUCCAUCUGGUCCUGUGAGGUUUGAUGAAAUCACAACACAGAGUGUGACUAUUUCAUGGGACCCACCAAAACACAAUGGUGGAUGCCAGAUUUCAAAUUAUAUUGUCCAAAAGAGAGACACCACCACAACAACAUGGGAGAAUGUCAGCAUAAACUGUGCCAGAACAACAAUCAAAGUGCUUCGACUGAAGACAGGUGCUGAGUAUCAAUUCAGAAUCAUUGCUCAGAACCGCUAUGGUAAGAGUCAUGGUUUGGAUUCAUCUUCUGUAGUUGCUCAAUACCCAUACAGAGAGCCAGGCCCACCAGGCACUCCUUUCAUUGCUUCCCUGUCGAGGGAUCACCAGGUUGUUGAAUGGCAUGAGCCUGUGUCAGACGGGGGAAGCCCAGUUCUUGGCUAUCAUCUUGAAAGGAAAGAGAGAAACAGCAUUCUCUGGGUCAAGAUUAACAAGACUCUUAUCCAUGAGACCACUUUCAAGAGCCACCCCUUAGAAGAGGGUGUGGAGUAUGAAUAUAGGGCUUAUGCUGAAAAUAUUGUGGGCAUUGGUAGGUGUAGUAAGAUUUCAGAGGGCUGUGUUGCCCGUGACCCAUGUGAUCCUCCUGGCACACCUGAGGCCAUCCAUGUGACCAAAGAUACCAUUGUCAUUCAGUGGACAAAGCCAGAGUAUGACGGUGGCAGUAACAUAACUGGGUAUACGGUGGAGAAGCGUGAUCUGCCUGAGGGACGCUGGGUAAGAGCAAACUUCACUAAUGUGAUUGAGACUCAGUUUACUGUGACUGGUCUGACUGAAAAUGCACAAUAUGACUUCAGAGUCAUUGCUAAAAAUGCAGUGGGCACUGUCAGCAAGCCAUCCUAUAACAGCGGACCAAUCACUGCAAGUGAUAAGGUGGAAGCCCCCAAAUUCUCCAUUGACCCUGCGUUCACCAAGACAAUUGUAAUCAAUGCUGGAGACACAUUCAAACUGGAUGCUGAUGUACAUGGCAAGCCACUGCCUACGAUAGUGUGGUUGAAGGAAGAAAAAACAAUUGAGAACACACUCAGACUGGAGAUCAAAAAUACAGAAAAGCAUGCAAUGAUUGUCAUUAAGGACGCAAUCAGAAUUGAUGGUGGAACAUAUGUGCUCCAGCUGACAAAUGAGGCUGGCAGUGAAACUGUUUUAUUCAAAGUUGUGGUACUAGACAAGCCAAGCCCAUGUGAAGGUCCCCUCCACAUCACUGGAGUUGCUGAGGAUAGAUGCACACUUGCAUGGCGUGCCCCCCAGCAUGAUGGAGGUAAACCUAUUACACACUACAUCAUUGAGAGAAGAGAGACCAGUCGUUUAGCUUGGACGGUUGUUUCAAGUAAGUGUGAUACCACCUGCUACAAAGUCACCAAACUGCUGGAAGGCAAUGAGUACAUGUUCCGUGUCAUGGCAGUUAACAGUUAUGGUGUCAGUGAGCCUCUGGAGUCUGGAGGAGUGAUUAUGAAGACUCCAUUUGUUCCUCCUGGUCCACCUCACAUUGAGGAUAUCUCCAACAUUGCUCAUGAUGGCAUGACCAUUACUUGGUCUGCUCCUGAGUCUGAUGGCGGCAGUGAAAUUACCAGUUACAUCAUUGAAAAGAAGGACAGGGCUGGAAUCAAAUGGACCAGAUGUAACAGACAGAAGGUCACUGACCUCUCAUUCAGAGUCACAGGUCUUUCCACUGGCCACGAGUAUGAGUUCAGAGUGGCUGCUGAGAAUAUAGUUGGAAUUGGAGAGCCAAGCCUUCCAAGUUCAUACUAUAAGGCCAGUGAUCCAAAGUUCAAACCCAGUGCCCCAGCCUAUGUGAAUGUGGUUGACUCCACCAAGAGUUCUAUUACACUUUCAUGGGGUAAGCCACUUUCUGAUGGUGGCAGUGCCAUACAAGGAUACAUCGUUGAAGUCUGCAAGGCUGAGGAGGAGCAAUGGACCAUGGUCACUCCUCCCACAGGCCUCCGUGUCAACAAGUAUGAAAUUACUAAACUUGUUGAGGGCCAAGAGUACAAGAUCCAGGUGUGUGCACUUAACAAACUUGGAGUUGGUGAGCCAGCUGUCCUCUCUGGAACAGCCAAGCCAGAGGAAAGGGUGGACCCACCACAAAUUCACUUGGACUCUGAACUGAGAAAGGGCAUUGUUGUGAAAGCUGGUGCUUCUGUUAGAAUCCAUGUUCCAUUCAAGGGCAGACCAACUCCUGACAUUAAGUGGACUAAGGAUGAGGGAGAACUGACUGAAAAGUCUGUGGUGGAGAAAGCUCUUAACUUCACACAGUUGUCAAUUGACUCAUGUGACAGGAGCGAUUCAGGAAAGUACACCCUGAGCCUGACUAACAGCAGUGGGUCUGUCUCUGAGUUUGUUUCUGUUAAAGUCCUGGACACACCAGGAGCCCCACAGAACCUUGUGGUCAAAGAAGUCAAGAGGGACUCUGUCACCCUUGUAUGGGAUGCUCCACUGGUUGACGGAGGUUCCAAAAUUAAGAACUAUGUCAUUGACAAACGCGAAUCUACAAGAAAGGCAUAUGCAAAUGUGUCAACUAAAUGCUCUAAAACAACAUUCAAAGUAGAGAAUCUAAUUGAAGGUGCUAUGUACUACUUUAGAGUCAUGGCUGAAAAUGAAUUUGGAGUUGGUCAGGCUGUUGAGACAAAGACAGCAUCCAAAGCCUCUGAGGUGCCACUGCCAGUUGGCAAAGUGUUCCUCACAGAUGUCACCAAGACUACUGCCUCAUUUGCCUGGGAGAAACCUGAGCAUGAUGGUGGCAGCCGUAUUGGUGGCUACCUAAUUGAGAUGCAGCCUAAGGGCACAGACAAGUGGGGAGUUGCAACCAAUACAAAGACAUGCGAGGGCACAGUCAAAGGUCUGACAGCUGGAACAGAGUACUUAUUCCGUAUCAUUGCUUUCAAUGAGAAGGGAAAGAGUGAGCCUAAAGCACUUGCUGCACCUGUUAUUGCCUCUGACAUGACCAUGGAGCCAAGCAUUAAGAUGCAAUUUAGCACUUACAGUGUGUUAGCAGGAAAGGAUUUGAAGUUGGUAUUCCCUGUGCUUGGAAGGCCCAAACCUAAGGUGACUUGGAGCAAAGAUGGUCAGCCUCUUAAGCUAACAUCUAAACUCAAUGUAAUAAACACACCAGAAACAACUGGAAUCCAAAUUACAGAGGCAAGCAAAGACGACUUUGGAAAAUAUUCAGUUACAGCAGCUAAUAGCGCAGGCACAGUCACUGAGGAUGUGUCAGUCAUUAUCCUUGACAAACCUGGUCCACCAAAAGGUCCAAUCAAGGUUGUUGAAGUAAGCAACACAUUUGUCCAUCUAUCCUGGGAGCCUCCAGAGUACACUGGUGGAUGCCAGGUGAAGAAUUACAUAGUGGAGAAAAGAGACACCACCACCACAACAUGGCAAGCAGUCACCACACAGCUGGCUAGAACAGCUAUCAAGAUCACCAAGCUGAAAACUGGUGCAGAAUACCAGUUCAGAAUUAUUGCUGAGAACAGAUACGGAAAGGGUGUGCAUCUGGAGUCCAAGGCCAUUGUUGUGCAGUAUCCUUACAAACCACCAGGACCUCCAGGAACACCAUAUGUCAAAUCUGCAACUAAGGAGAUGAUGAUCAUUGAGUGGAAUGAGCCUGUGAAUGAUGGUGGAAGUGCAGUUAUUGGUUAUCAUCUGGAAAGCAAGGAGAGAAGUAGCAUUCUGUGGAACAAACUGAAUAAGACACUCAUCACAGAUACUCUGUUCAAGAUCUGCAAUCUAGAAGAGGGUAUUGGAUAUGAAUUCAGAGUUUAUGCUGAAAAUAUUGUUGGCAUUGGUAGAUGCAGUAAAGUUUCAGAAUCUUUUGUAGCUCGUGAUCCUUGCGAUCCUCCUGGUGCACCUGAAGCUGUCAGUAUUACUAAGAACCUCAUCAAGAUUCAGUGGACCAAACCUCAGUAUGAUGGUGGAAGCAAAGUAAAUGGAUAUAUUGUUGAAAGGAAAGAUCUUUCCUCCCCUGAUUGUCGCUGGGUAAGAGCCAAUUUCACUAAUAUAGUUGAGACUGAAUAUACCGUCACUGGUCUGACAGAGAAUGAACAGUAUGAAUUCAGAGUUACUGCCAGAAAUGCAGCUGGAGUCUUCAGUGAGCCAUCUGACAGCUCUGGACCCAUUACUGCCACUGAUGAAAUUGAACCACCAAGGGCCUCCAUGGAUCCCAAAUACAAAGAUGUCAUUGUCAUUAAUGCUGGACAGCACUUGCUCCUUGAUGCGGACAUUCAUGGAAAACCAAUUCCUGAUGUUGUCUGGCUGAAAGAGGGUAAGGAAAUGGACAAAGCCCUGCGCAUUGAGGUGAGAACCAAGAAACGUGCAGCCAUGACCAUCAAGGAUGUAACCAAACUUGAUAGUGGAAACUAUGAUCUUGUCCUCAAAAACCUGGGUGGUAUCAAAACAAUCCCCAUCACUGUCAAAGUCCUUGAUAAACCAGGUCCUCCCACAGGACCCAUGAAAAUCACAGGAGUAAUGGCAGACAGGUGUAUCCUUUCCUGGACUGAGCCAGCUCUGGAUGGUGGAGCUAGUAUCAGUCACUAUACUGUUGAGAAAAGAGAAACCAGCAGAUUGUCCUGGACAAUGGUUGCAUCAAAUGUCAAAGGUCUGUACCAUAAACUGACAAACUUACUCCCUGCAAAUGAAUACAUUUUCAGAGUCAGAGCAGUCAAUAAAUAUGGUGCUGGUGAUUAUCUUGAGAGUGAACCUAUCAUUGCACGCAAUCCUUACAAGCCACCUAGUGCUCCUGGAACUCCAGAAGCAAGUCAGAUCACAAAGGACUCUAUGAUUCUUUCAUGGAGUCCUCCAGAACUAACUGGUGGAGCUGAUAUUGAAGGAUAUCACCUUGAAAAACGCGACAAGGAUAGUGUAAGGUGGACUAAGUGCAACAGACAAAAGUUGACAGACACUCACUUCAAGGUCACAGGUCUGAUGUCUGAUCACUUCUAUGAGUUCCGUGUAGCUGCUGAGAAUGAGGCUGGUAUGGGAGACCUCAGUGAGCUGUCCUUAUUCUAUAGAGCAUGUGAUGCGACAACACCACCAGGACCUCCACAUCAUCCAAAGGUAGUAGACUCCUCAAAGUCUUCUGUCUCUCUGUCAUGGGGCAAACCUGACUUUGAUGGUGGUGCGUAUGUUAAGGGUUAUAUUGUUGAAAUGAGGGAAUACACACCAGUUCCAGAAGAAACAGAAGAGGCAGAAGUAGCACCAGCAGUACAACCACCAGUUGAAAAGGAAUGGACCAUGUGCACUCCCCCUACUGGCAUUCAAGCCACUAAACUAACUGUCAUAGAUCUUAAAGAAGGUGUAGAGUACCAGUUCCGCGUCUGUGCUAUCAACUCUGAGGGAGUUGGAGAGGCUGCUAAUGUCCACGGUACUGUAGUGACUUCUGACAGGGUAGAAGCACCAGAGAUUGAGCUGGAUGCAGAUCUCAGAAAGGUGGUAUCUGUCCGUGCUGGAGGAACUCUCCGUCUGUUUGUCACCAUUAGAGGAAGACCUCAACCUGCUGUGAAAUGGGAGAAGGUUGAGGGUACUCUCACAGAGCAUGCUGCUAUUGACACAACUAGCUCAUACACCAUGCUUGUCAUUGACAAUGUAAACAGAUUUGACAGUGGCAAAUACUCACUGACACUUGAGAACAGCAGUGGGACAAAAUCUGCAAUUGUCGCAGUGAGGAUUUUGGAUACACCAAGUGCACCACAGAACUUUGCUGUGAAAGAGCUCAAGAAGGAUUCUGUGACUCUGGCCUGGGAUACUCCACUCACUGACGGUGGUUCUAAAAUCACAAACUACAUUGUAGAGAAGAGAGAAUCUGUCAGGAAAGUCUAUACUACGGUUACCAGCAAUUGCACUGCCAAUUCAUUCAAGAUUGAAGAGCUACCCGAGGGUGGUAUUUUCUACUUCAGAGUCUGUGCUGUUAAUGAAUUUGGCCAAGGACAGAUGGUUGAAACCAAAGAAAUUAAAAUAUCUGAGGUACCACUGCCACCAAGCAAAGUUACUCUUGUAGACUUGACAAAGACAAGCGUGACACUUGCAUGGGACAAACCUGCUCAUGAUGGUGGAAGCAAAGUAAUGUGCUACAAUGUAGAAUUUAAACCAAAGACUGGAGAUAAAUGGGGAACAGCCUGCACAGUCAAAGUGCCCGAAGCAACUAUUCAUCUAACUCCUAAUGAAGCCUAUCUAUUCAGAGUUGUUGCAAUCAAUGAGAAGGGAAAGAGUGAGCCAAAGGACCUUGGUUUGCCUGUAGUUGCAAAGGAUGUUGCAAUUGAGCCAUCUGUGAAUUUACUGUUCACCACUUACAGUGUGAAGGCUGGAGAUGAUCUCACUGUUGAGGUACCAAUGAGAGGCAGACCCAAGCCUGUUGUGUCCUGGAAGAAAGAUGGUCUUCCUCUGAAGCAGACAUCCUCCUUGACCAUUCUAAACACUGCAACGUCAUCCAAAAUUAUCAUCAAAGAAGCUGCCAGAGACCAUGUUGGCAAAUAUGAGAUCACCCUAGCCAACUCAGCUGGAUCUGUGACCACUGAUAUUGGAGUUGUAGUCCUAGAUAAGCCUGGACCACCUAAAGCUAUCAAGGUAGAUGCUGUGACCUCAGACAGCAUCACUCUGUCCUGGUCUCCACCUGAAUAUGAUGGUGGCUGCUCCAUCAGCAACUACAUUGUGGAGAAGAGAGACACUAACACUCAAGAGUGGCAGAUGGUAGCAAGCAAUGUGGCCAGAACGGCCUUCAAAGCUGGCCGUCUGACACAUGGAGCAGAGUACCAGUUCCGCAUUUAUGCAGUUAACAGAUAUGGAAAGAGUACAUAUCUGGAUUCACCUGGAAUCACUGCUCAGUACAACUUCAGACAACCUGGACCUCCUUCUACACCUAUUGUGAAGUUGGCCACUAAAUCCUACAUGUUGGUGACUUGGAAUGAGCCAGUCAAUGAUGGUGGCAGUCCUGUCCUUGGCUAUCAUCUGGAGAGGAAGGAACGUACUAGCAUUCUUUGGACAAAGAUGAAUAGAGGAAUGAUCAAAGAUACAGAAUACAAGGUUCAAGGCCUUGAAGGAGGCUUAAUGUAUGAAUACCGCAUCUAUGCUGAAAAUAUAGCUGGCAUUGGUAAAGCCAGCAAGGCCUGCGAAGCUGUGGCAGCCAGAGAUCCAUGUGAUCCUCCUGGUACACCUGUAGUCACUGCAGUUACCAGAACAUCUGUCUCCCUAUCUUGGGAUAAACCAGAGUAUGAUGGUGGAGCCAAGGUUUCUGGAUACAUCAUUGAGCGUAGAGAUCUUCCUGAAGGACGCUGGACUAGAUGCAAUUUCACCAAUGUGCCAGAGACCCACUAUGAUGUGACCGGUCUCACAGAGAACAACCAGUAUGACUUCAGGGUCAUUGCUAAGAAUGCAGCUGGAUGCUUCAGUGGACCAUCUUACAAUACUGGCCCCAUUACUGUCAAGGAUGAUGUUGAUCCCCCACGCAUAAUGAUGGAUGUUAAAUUCAGAGAGACUGUGUUUGUGAAAGCAGGGGAAACUCUGAAGAUUAAUGCUGACCUUGCUGGACGCCCAGCCCCAGUUGUCUCCUGGACUAAAGAUGGCAAAGAGAUUGAGCGCAGAGCCAGGAUUCAGAUAGUCUCAACAGACACCACCACAUCUGUUAUAGUGAAAGACUGCAUCAGAAGAGAUUCUGGACAGUAUGUUCUCACAUUACAAAACAUUGGUGGAACAGUUACCAUGCCAGUAAACUGUGUGAUACUGGAUAAGCCUGGCCCAUCAGCAGGACCACUGCAGAUCACCGGACUUACAGCUGAGGAGUGCACUCUUACAUGGGGUCCACCUCAAGAGGCUGGUGGUGCUGAUAUAACACAUUAUAUUGUUGAAAAGCGUGAGACCAGCCGCUUGGCAUGGACACUGGUGAAGGGGGAUGUCACAAAAACAUACUACAAAGUGACCGGACUGCUCAAAGGCAAUGAGUAUAUUUUCAGGGUUUUGGCCGUCAAUAAGCAUGGACAUGGUGAGGCACUGGAGAGUGAUACUGUUAAGAUUACAGAUCCAUUCACUGUGUCCAGUGCUCCAAUGAGUGUUGAUGUUACUGAGAUAACGGGCGAUUCAAUGAUUCUCACCUGGUGCAAGCCAGUCAGUGAUGGUGGAAGUCCCAUCAUUGGAUAUGUGAUUGAGCGUCGUGAAAAGACCAGUAUGCGCUGGAUACGUGUGAACAGAGAUCUAGUUGUUGAAUGUACUGCAGUGGCCACCAAACUGCGCAAGGGUUGUGAGUAUGACUUCAGAGUUUAUGCAGAAAAUGCUGCUGGUGUCAGUCCUCCAAGUGAACCAUCUGCUACAUUCAGAGCAGCUGAUCCUCUUGUUGUUCCCUCUUGUCCAACUAAGCCAAAGAUUGUAAGUUCAACCAAAGACAGUGUAUCCAUUGUCUGGAAACCACCAACAGAAGAUGGUGGUGCUCCUGUUCUUGGAUACAGUGUUGAAUACAGGGACUUCAUUCACAAACCUCAGCCAGAGGUUGAGGAUGAAGAGGAAGAGUAUGAGGAGGAAGAAGAGGAGGAGUCACCUGAAGAACUGGCAAGAUGGGUUGAGGCCAUUCCUCUUACCAAGAGCUUGGAGUUCACAAUCACUGGGCUGAAGACAGAUGCAGAAUAUGAAUUCUGUGUGAAGGCAAUAAAUAAAAUUGGCAGCAGUGUGCGCAGUAAAUAUUCUGAUGCUGCUGUGGCAUCGGACAGAACUGCAGAGCCAUCAUUUGAUGUUGACAUGGAGAUACGCAAAGUACUUAUUGUGAAACAUGGCACCGCAUUUACUGUAAAUAUACCAUUUAAGGGCAAACCUGCUCCAUCGGUAGCCUGGACCAAGGAGGGAGUCGAUCUAAAGGUGAGAGGAACCAUUGAAUCAACAGAAUCCAGCACCUCACUGACAAUCGAGAAGUCAAGCAGGUAUGACUCUGGAGAGUACAGUGUCACCAUUGAAUCACCUUUGGGAAAAGCAACACUGCCCGUGGAUGUCAAGGUACUCGACUCUCCUGGACCUCCACUCAAUGUUAAGGUCUCAGCAGUUACCAGAGAUUCUGCAACCCUCACCUGGGAACCUCCGGAGAAUGAUGGUGGUGAUGUAGUGAAGGCUUACCAUGUAGAGAAACGUGAAGCCAGUAAGAAGACCUGGGUAUCUGUGACCAGCAACUGCCAUGCUCUGACAUACAAGGUGGAAGAUCUGCAAGAAGGAGCCACGUAUUACUUCAGAAUUAUUGGAGAAAAUGAGUAUGGAGUGGGUGUUCCCCAGGAGGCCAAAGGUGGCACAAAGAUCACAGAGGUACCAACUCCACCCAUGAAACUUGGAGUAGUAAAUGUUACCAAGGAUUGCAUUACAAUUGCUUGGACCAGACCUGAGUAUGAUGGAGGCAGCAGAGUCACUGGUUACCUGAUUGAUGCUCUGGAGAAGGGACAGACCAAGUGGGUGAAGUGUGCCACAGUGAGGACCAUGACCCACACUAUCAAGAACCUGAGGGAAGGCGCUGAGUAUUUCUUCAGAGUCCGGGCUGAGAACCAUGCAGGACUCAGUGAACCAAAGGAAAUGAUUGUACCUGUUCUUGUCAAGGAAAUACAAGAGGCUCCGGAGUUUGACCUGAAGAACUACCCCAAGAACACAGUUUAUGUAAAAGCUGGACUGGAUCUGACCUUUGAGAUUCCUAUGACUGGCAGGCCCAUGCCUAAAGUGGCUCUUUCCAAGAACAAUGUUGUCAUCAAGGGAUCGAAGAGGCUGCUGACUGAAGUAACUCCAGACAGUUUGAUUAUAACCCUGACUGAAAGCACCUCCAGUGACGCUGGUAAAUAUGAGAUCACUGCCUCAAAUGCAGGAGGAACCACCAAGAUCUUUAUCAUUAUUGUCGUUCUGGAUCAGCCUGGGCCUCCUAUUGGUCCAGUGGAGAUCGGAGAAGUCGGAGAAACCACUGUUUGUAUCAAAUGGGCUCCUCCAGAGUACGAUGGUGGUAGUCCUGUUACCAACUACAUUGUUCUGAAACGUGAAACCAGCACUCCAAACUGGGCAGAAGUGUCAACCAGUAUCGCCAGAAGCUCCAUCAAAGUAACGAAGUUGUCUAAAGGAGAGGAGUAUCAGUUCAGAAUUAAAGCCCAGAACCGCUACGGAAUCAGCAGCCACAUUGACAGCAAACCAGUCACCAUCAAACUCCCAUACACCAUCCCUGGACCUCCAUCCACACCUUGGCUCGGAUUUGUCUCCAGGGAGAGCCUGACCGUCUGCUGGAAUGAGCCAGUGAAUGAUGGUGGAAACCCUGUAUUUGGAUAUCAUCUGCAGAUGAAGGAGAGGAGCAGCAUUCUGUGGCAGAAGGUCAAUAAAACAGCCAUUCCAGGAAACCAAUGGCGCGUCACAAACAUCUGCCCUGGACUGAUCUAUGAAUUCAAAGUGGCUGCUGAAAAUGCAGCUGGUAUUGGAAAGUUAAGCAAGACAUCUGAAGAGGUUCUGGCUAUCGAUGCCUGUGAGCCCCCAGCAAAUGUCAGAGUCACUGAAGUGACCAAGAACUCAGUGAGUCUCACCUGGCAGAGGCCUCCGUUCGAUGGCGGCAGUAAAAUCACCGGCUACAACGUGGAGAGGAGAGAUGCACCAAACGGCAGAUGGGUGAAGGCCAACUUCUCCAAUGUUAUCGAGCUGGGUUUCACGGUGUCCGGACUGAACCAGAACGAGUCCUAUGAGUUCAGAGUUUAUGCCAAGAAUGCUGUUGGGUCCAUCAGCAACCCAUCGUUCAUCGUUGGACCAGUCACCUGUGUGGACGCAUGUGGAGCUCCAGCCAUUGAUCUUCCUCCAGAGUAUCUGGAUGUUGUUCAGUACAAAGCCGGCUCCUCAGUUAAACUGAGAGUUGGAAUCAUCGCUAACCCUCUGCCAACCAUCGAGUGGCAGAAGGAUGGAAAGGAGCUUGUAGCAACUUCUACUGUUUCUGUGGAAAGUACGACAGACUCCUCUGCUGUUCUGAUAAAGGAUGCGACUCGCCAUGCGACAGGAUCAUACGAAAUUAAGAUCAGGAAUGUUCUAGGCUCUGCAUCUGCAACCAUCAGGAUGGAAAUCUUAGACAAACCUGGUCCACCAGCCGGGCUCAUUAACUUCAACUCAGUCACCGCAGACCGCAUUGUGUUCAGCUGGGAACCUGUUCCAGAGUCCGAUCAAGGAGGAUCCAAAGUGACCCAUUACAUUGUGGAAAGACGUGAAACUAGCAGAGUGGUCUGGUCCACAGUGUCAGACAACCUCGAACAGACCUUCGCCUCCGUUGGCAAACUGGUUCGUGGAAACGAGUAUGUGUUCCGUGUGAUGGGAGUCAACAAAUUUGGAGUUGGAGAAGCACUGGAGUCAGAGCCGGUCAUCGCAAAGAACGCCUUUGUGAAUCCUGGGCAGCCUCGUACUCCUGAGGUCAACACCAUCACUAAGACCACAAUGAUCGUAGAAUGGGACAAACCUGGCGUAGAUGGAGGCAGCGCUGUGACAGGAUAUUAUCUGGAGAGACGAGAUAAGAAGAGUCUGCGCUGGAUCAGAGUUUACAAAGAUCCAAUCAGCGACAUCAAACAGGCUGUUUAUCAUCUGACUGAAGGAAGCGAGUACCAGUACAGAGUCUGUGCCAUUAAUAAAGCCGGAGAGGGACCAUUCUCAGAUGCCUCAGACUUCUACAAAGCUGCUGAUCCAGUUGAUCCACCAGAUGAGCCUUGUAAACUGAAGGUCGCCGACUCCACGAAGACCUCCAUCACCUUGGGCUGGUCCAAACCUGAAUGGGACGGAGGCAGCGAGGUGACCAGCUACAUGGUGGAGAAACUGGUGGAAGGAGAAGAAGAAUGGGCCAUGAUCACUACCAAGGGAGAGGUCAAGACCACCGAAUAUGUUGUUCAUGACCUAAAACCAGAUGUCAACUACUUCUUCAGAGUGUCUGCUGUGAAUUGUGCCGGCCGUGGAGAAGCGUUGGAAAUGACCGAACCUGUGCAAGCCAAAGAUAUCCUGGAGGAGGCCCAGAUCGACGCCGAUGUGGCCAUGAGAACUCACUACAUCGUGAAGGCCGGUAAAGAUGUGGAACUGUCUGUUCCCAUCAAGGGCCGUCCUGCUCCGACUGCCUCCUGGAGUAAGGGUGAAGAAUGCAUCGACCGCGACCCCAAGUAUGAGUUCCACCACUCAGACACCACCACAGUGCUCGUUAUGCGUGAGGUGACCAGACUCGACACUGGAAAGUACACAGUGAAAAUUGAGAAUGGAGUGGGAGAGCCCAAGACCUUGACCCUGUCCGUGAAGGUCCAGGACACUCCAGCUCAAUGCAGGAACCUGGUCCUUAAGGAUGUGACUCGUGGUAAAGUGACUCUGUGCUGGGAGCCUCCUCUGCUCGAUGGAGGAGCUGAGAUCACAAACUACAUUGUGGAGAAGAGAGACUCGUCAAAGAGAUCAUAUUCUGCAGUAACUAGCAAGUGCACAGACCUGACAUACACUAUUGAGGAUCUGUCUGAGAAGACAUCUUUCUUCUUCCGUGUGCUGGCAGAGAAUGAGAAUGGAGUUGGUGAUCCAUGUGAUACACCGGAACCAGUGAAGGCCACAGAGACUCCAGGACCAGUUAAAGAGGUAUCUAUGAAGGAUUCAUCCAAGACUUCUGUGACUCUGCAGUGGUUGAAACCUGAUUAUGACGGCGGCAGUAUCAUCACCGACUACGUCAUUGAGAUGAAGAUUAAGGGCGAAGAGACUUGGUCUUUGGGAGGAACCAGCAAACAUUGCGAGUUUGAGGUCAAGAAGCUGAAGGAGCACUCUGACAUGGUCUUCAGAGUCGCUGCAAGAAAUGAGAAGGGACAGGGCGACUUUGUAGAGGUUGGACCUAUUAAAGUCAUCGACUACAUUAUCACGCCUGAGGCCUGCCUUGCAGAGUACCCAGGUGGUCGCAUCAAUGUCAGACUCGGACACAAUGUUCAUAUUGAGCUGCCAUACAAAGGCAAGCCCAGACCUACAAUCUCUUGGUUGAAGGACAGCCUACCUCUGAGGGAAAGCGACCAAAUUCGCUUCAAGACCACUGAGAACAAAGCCACUCUGAUGAUGAAGAAUGUUACAAAGGAAAACGAGGGUAAAUACACACUCACCCUUGACAAUAAGGUGAACAGGAAGUCCUUCCACAUUCAUGUGGUCACACUCGGACCACCAUCAAAGCCAGCUGGAAUGAUCCGUCUGGAUGAGGUGAGGGCUGAGAGCAUCAGGAUCUCCUGGGAUGAACCAAAUGAUGAUGGUGGUGGAGAUAUCACCUGCUACACUGUGGAGAAGCGUGACACCUCAAAGUCUGACUGGAAGAUGGCAUGCUCUAGUGUGGAGGGAACUGAGUUUAAGGUGCCAAAUCUGAUCAAGGGGGUCCAGUACCAGUUCAGAGUCUGUGCUGAGAACAGAUAUGGAGUCAGCGAGCCCCUGCUCUCUCAGAUGGUUGUUGCCAAACACCAGUUCAGACCUCCAGGCCCACCAGGUAAACCUGUGGUCUACAAUGUGACAAAUGAUGGCAUGACCAUCCAGUGGGAGAAACCAAUCUACGAUGGCGGUACCCCAAUCCAGGGCUACCAUGUAGAGAAGAGGGAAAAGAACAGCAUCAUGUGGCAGAAGGUCAACCCAAUGCUCAUCAAAGAAACAGACUUCAGGAUCCUGGAGCUGAUUGAAGGCCUUGAGUAUUCAUUCAGAGUUUAUGCCCAGAAUGAUGCCGGAUUCAGCCGCAUGAGUGACGAGAGCAAACCCACCAUGGCUGUUAGUCCUGUUGAUCCUCCUGGUCAGCCUGACUACACUGAUGUGACAAGUGACUCUAUUACACUGAAAUGGGAUGCACCCAAACGUGACGGUGGAAGUAAGAUCACCGGAUACACCAUUGAAAAACGACAGGGACACGGCCGCUGGUUCAAGGCCAACCUGACCGAUGUCCAAGAAUGUCUGUAUACUGUGACCGGUCUGGCAACCAAUGAACGCUACGAGUUCAGAGUGAUUGCUAGAAAUGCCAUCGGUGUCAUCAGCCCUCCAUCCAACUCGUCUGGUUUGAUUGUGGUCAGAAGUGAGAAUGCCACUCCAAAUAUCGAGUUCGGGCCCGAGUACUUCGAAGGCCUGACAGUGAAGGCUGGAGACAACAUCAGGGUGAAGGUGACAAUCACUGGACGUCCUGUUCCUAAAGUGGUCUGGUUUAAAGAUGGUGUAGAGGUGACCAAGAAGAUGAUGGACAUCAUUACCGUUCCUGGAUCCAGCACCCUGUUUGUCAGAGAUGCAGAUCGUGGCCAUCGUGGCCUCUACACUGUAGAAGCCACAAAUGGAUCUGGAAGCAAGAAGGAGGAUAUUCUUGUCCAAGUCCAAGAUACUCCCGGAGAGCCGGUCGGACCCAUCACUUUCAGUAACAUCUCAGAAGGCAGGUGCACUCUGUCCUGGAACGCUCCUGAGAAUGACGGCUGCUCUGAGAUUUCACAUUAUAUCGUUGAGAAGAGGGAGACUGCCAAGAUUUCCUGGGCCUUAGUGUCUGAUGAGUGUAAGGAGUGCACAUUCAAUGCCACCAAACUCAUCAAGACCAAUGAGUACCAGUUCAGGGUUUCUGCCGUCAACAAGUUCGGAGUUGGCCGACCACUGGAAUCCAGCCCCAUCAUUGCUCAGUUGCAGUACACAACUCCUGACGCUCCUGGUACUCCUGAUGCCACUGAGGUGACCGGAGAGAGCAUCACUCUUUCAUGGACUCCUCCAACUUCUGAUGGAGGAAAUCCCAUCCAGUAUUACAUCGUAGAGAAACGGGAGAAGAAGACUGUCCGCUUCUACAAGGUGGUGACCAAAAAACCCAUCAUUGAAUGUGCUCACAAGGUUCUCCAUCUGACCGAGGAUAUGGAGUAUGAGUUCCGAGUCAUGGCUGUGAAUGACGCUGGUGUUGGUACUCCUAGCAACAUCUCUAUGCCAAUCAAAGCCGCUGAACCAAAGGACAUCCCAUGUGCUCCAUCUGUGGUCUGUGUGUCCGACUCCACCAACACCUCCAUCAGUCUAGAAUGGACCAAACCAGCGGACGACGGAGGUAUGGAGAUCCUGGGCUACAUUGUUGAGAUGAUGAAGGGAGAAGGAGAUGAAUGGAAGAGAGUAAAUGAAGAGCUGGUCGCAGAAACUCAGUAUGUGGUGACUGGACUACAGACAGAAGCCGAGUAUAGGUUCAGAGUUGCAGCUGUCAAUCAUGUGGGCAGAGGUGAGGAUAAGGAGACCCCAGAGCCAGCUCAGGCUGUAGACCGGCUGACAGCUCCUCAGGUGGACAUUGAUGCCACCUUCAAGCAGACGCACAUCAUCAAGGCUGGUGGAUCAAUGUGCCUGGGAAUCCAUUUCAGAGGAAAACCUGUUCCCACUGCCACCUGGGUGAAGGAAGAUGGAGAACUGAGCGUUAAGUCAGAGAUCACAACAACAGACGGUUACACCUCUCUCAGCCUUGAAAACUGCUCUAGAAAUGAUACCGGCAAAUACACAGUCAACCUGGAGAAUGUCAGUGGCAGCAAGGCAAUUACAUUCACUGUGAAGGUGAUGGACACUCCUGGAUCACCACAGAAUGUGGCUUUCAAAGAGGUCUCCAGAGGAACCGUUACUCUAAUUUGGGAGACACCUCGGAACGAUGGCGGAGCCAGAAUCCACCAUUACAUUGUGGAGAGGCGUGAGGCCAGCCGACGCACUUGGCAGCAGUCUGGCAGCAAGUGCACAGGCCACAUCCUGAAGAUUCAAGACCUGCUGGAAGGAGUGCCAUACUUCUUCAGAGUGUCAGCUGAGAACCAGCAUGGUAUGGGCGAGGCAUUUGAGUUCACCGAGCCAGUCAUUGCCACUGCUGAGCCGGCUUCACCAAAGAGACUGGACGUCCUGGACACCACAGACAGCUCUGUGUCUCUGGGCUGGCUCAAACCAGAACAUGAUGGUGGCAGCCGCAUUCAGGGCUAUGUCAUUGAGGCCAGGCCAAAGGGAGGAGAUAAAUGGAUGGUGGUUGGCAACACAACAAAUCUCACCUAUUCAGUUGAAAAGCUCAACAAGGGAGAUGAAUAUGACUUCCGUGUUAAAGCUAAAAAUGAAUCCGGCUACAGCACAGCAAGGGAAACUCCGGCUGCUGUGCUGGUCAAAGAGCCUCACAUUGAACCUGCCGCUGACCUGAGCGAGAUCACCAACCAGCUCAUCACUUGCAGGUCUGGCAGCACCUUCACCAUCGAGGUUCCCAUCAGUGGUAGACCCGCUCCAAAGGUCUCAUGGAAACUCGAAGAGUUGAGGCUGAAGAAUUCUGAUAGAGUCACCAUCAAAGUAACAAAAGAUAGAACCAGCAUCUCAGUGAAGGAGGCCAUGAGAGGAGAUGGUGGUAAAUACUACUUGACCCUAGAAAACGUCACUGGAACCAAGACGUUCACUGUUGAGGUCAACGUGACUGCCAGACCCAGUCCUCCAACUGGACCUAUUGAGGUCUCCUCCAUCACAUCCGAGUCUUGUGUCCUGAACUGGGAGCCACCAGAGGAUGAUGGCGGCACCAGCAUUACCAACUAUAUUGUGGAGAAGCGUGAGUCUGGCUCGACCGCCUGGCAGCUGAUCAACUCCAGUGUAAAGAGAACGUCUCUCCAUGUCAGCCAUCUGACCAAGUACAUGCAGUACACAUUCAGGGUCUCGGCAGAAAACAGAUUCGGUGUCAGCAAGUCCACGGAGUCUGAAACCAUCGUCGCAGAGCAUCCUUUCACACCUCCUGGCCCACCAACAAAGCCCACUGUGUUCAACGUCACUGCCAACACAAUGACUCUAAAAUGGGAGGAGCCUUACAAUGAUGGAGGAAGCAAGGUGACAGGCUACUGGAUUGAGAAGAAGGAGAGGAACAACAUACUGUGGGUGCGGGAGAACAAGAUCCCCUGCUUCGAGUGCUAUUACAAGGCAGAGGGUCUGGUUGAAGGUCUGGAAUACCAGUUCAGGGUUUAUGCCAUGAACAGUGCUGGACUCAGCAAAGCCAGCGAGGCCUCCAAAGGUGCCGUGGCCCAAAAUCCUGUCGAUCCACCAAGUAAACCUGAAGUCACAAAAGUCACCAGAACCACAGUCUCCCUGAAGUGGUCAGCUCCUCUUAAUGACGGUGGCAGUCCAAUCAUAGGAUACAUCAUAGAGCGGAAGCCAUACACCCUGAGUGGAGAGGGCCGCUGGUUAAAGUGUAACUACACCAACGUCACAGACAAUUUCUACACCGUCACAGCUCUGGGAGAAGGAGAACCAUAUGAAUUCAGAGUCAUCGCCAAGAACGCCAACCAAGUGUUCAGCAUUCCUUCAGAGUCAACCGGAUCUGUGCAGUGCAAGACAGACUUUGAGCCUCCAAAGGCCCAGCUGGACAGCAAACUCCUGUCUGAGACCGUGAUGGUUAGAGCCGGUUCAGACCUGGUUCUGGAUGCUGCUGUGGGAGGCAGACCUGAUCCAAAGGCCUCCUGGUCCAAGGGCAACCGUGAGCUGGAGAUGUGUGAGAAAUAUCAGCUGCAGUACACUCCCACCAAAGCCAUGGCCAUCAUCAAGUUCUGUGACAGAGAUGACACUGGAAAAUACAUCCUGACCGUCAGGAACGUGAGCGGAACCAAGACCGCUGAGGUCAAUGUCAAAGUGCUUGAUACUCCUGGAGUGUGCGACGGCAGCAUCGAGAUCAGUAAGAUCACAGAGGAGUCAUGCACUCUGAGCUGGAAGCCUCCUCUCGAAGAUGGAGGUGAUGAAAUAUCACACUACAUCGUAGAAAGACGAGACACAAACAGACUGAACUGGGUCAUCAUGCAGUCUGAGUGCAAAGAGCUGACCUGCAACAUCACCGGACUGUUCAAGAAUACAGAGUACCUGUUCAGAGUCCGUGGAGUCAACAAGUACGGACCUGGAGUCUAUCUGCAGUCAGGUCCAAUGGUCGCCAGAAACACUUUCACUGUGCCAACUCCUCCUGGAGCUCCAGAGAUCCUCGCUUCAGGAAAGGACUUUGCAACCAUCGAAUGGCUGAAGCCUGAGAGUGAUGGCGGCAGCCCUCUGAUCCAUUACCUGGUAGAGAGACGCGAGAGGAAGAGUGCACGCUGGGUGAAGGUGAACCGUGAUGGAGCUCACCUGGACACCACGCUGAAGGUGUCCGGUCUCACCGAAGGAAACAUCUACCAGUUUAGAGUGACGGCCAUCAACAAGGCCGGAGAAAGUGAAGCCAGCGAGGUGUCACUCUACGUAGUCUGCAGAGUGCCCACAUGCACUCCAGCGCCUCCUUCCAUCCCCCGUAUCAUCGAUACUCAUGCUGACAGCAUCAGCUUGGCCUGGUCCCGUCCGGUGGAAGAUGGCGGAGCUGAUGUUAUGGGUUACAUUCUGGAGAUGCAGGAAGCCGGAGCAGAGGAGUGGACGAAAGCCCAUGAGAAAACUCUGCGAGCCACUGAGUAUGUCGUGACUGGACUGUCUGCUGGAAAGAAGUACUACUUUAGAGUUGCAGGAAUCAACAUCAACGGCACUGGAGACUUCAGUGAGCCAUGUGCCGAGACAGAACCAGUUGAGAGGAUUGAAACUCCGGACUUUGAGCUCCAUGAUGACCUGAAGAAGACCAUCUGCCUCCGUGCCGGCGGUUCGCUUCGUCUCUUUGUUAAUGUUACUGGCCGUCCAGCACCAACCAUUACCUGGAGCAAACCUGGUGUGGACCUCAACAACAGAGGCUUCAUUGAGGUCACCAGCUCUUCCACCACACUGAUCAUUGACAAGGUCCACCGAUAUGAUGCUGGAAAGUACACUCUCGUGGCUGAGAACGCUGCUGGCAAGCAGGAGGUCAACAUCCUUGUUAAGGUCUAUGACACACCUGGACCAACUGGACCAAUCCAGAUGAAGGAGCUGACUAAGGACUCUGCCACUAUAUCUUGGGAACCCCCAACUGUGGACGGCGGUGCUCCUGUCAACAACUAUGUCAUUGAGAGACGUGAGGCCUCCAUGAGGGCCUACAAGACUGUCACUGCCAAGUGCAGCAAAACUUCCUACAAGAUCGACAACCUGAUGGAAGGCAUGCUAUACUACUUUAGAGUCCUUCCUGAGAACAUCUAUGGUGUUGGUGAGCCCUGCGAGACUCCGGACGUGGUCCUGGUCUGCGAGGUUCCUCUGCCACCACACAAAUUGGAGGUUAUCGACGUCACCAAGAGCACUGUCAGUCUGGGCUGGGAGAAACCUGAACACGACGGUGGCAGCAGGCUGACCGGCUACGUUAUUGAGGCCUGCAAGUUUGGCACUGACAAGUGGAUGAAGGUGGCCACCCUGAAACUUACAGACUUUGAGCAUACCAUCGAGAAGCUGAAUGAGAAUGAGCAGUACCUGUUCAGAAUCAGAGCCAUCAACAGCCGAGGAGCCAGCGAACCCAAAGAGCUGGUUACAGCUGUUACAGUCCAGGAACAGAGAGUGAUGCCUAUAGUGGAUUUCUCAAGCAUUCCUCAGAAGGCUGUCAGCAUCCUGGCCGGAAAGACUCUGGAGCUGGACCUGCCCAUCAUCGGCAGACCCCCUCCUGUCUGCUCCUGGCUCUUUGGUGGCAACAAGAUCAAGUUUACUGACCGUGUGAAGGUAAAGAGCACUGGCAAGUUCUCCAAACUGACUGUGUCGGACACAACCAUUGAUGACACCGGUGACUACACGCUGGAGGUGAAGAACAUUGUUGGUGUCAUCACAGAGACCAUCAAGGUCAUCGUACUCUCCAAACCUGAUGAACCAGAGGGUCCCAUUAACUUUGAUGAGGUCGAUGCAACCUCCGUCACCUGCAGCUGGAACCCACCAGUCAGGGAUGGAGGAGCUCCGAUCAGUGGCUAUGUGGUGGAGCAACGUGAUGCCCACCGACCCGGCUGGGUCCCAGUCUCCGAUGCCGUCAGCCGGCCACUUUUCAAGUUUGUGAACCUGAUCGAGGGAGAUGAAUAUGUCUUCCGUGCAGCUGCAGUCAACCGUUAUGGCACUGGAGAGUUCUUGCAGUCCGAGGUUGUCACCUGCAGAAGCCUGAAGAAUGUGCCUGGACCUCCUGGUAGACCAACCAUCUUCGAUGUUUCUCGUGAUGGCAUGACCGUUGCCUGGAAUCCACCAGAUGAAGAUGGAGGUCUGGAGGUUUCUGGAUACAUCAUCGAGCGCAAAGAAGUCCGAUCUGACCGAUGGGUCCGUGCCAACAAGAAUCCAAUCACCAUGACAAGGUACAGAUCAACUGAGCUGAUCGAGGGUCUGGAGUACGAACACAGAAUCACAGCUAUCAAUGCUAGAGGAAUGAGCAAACCCAGUCUGCCAUCCAAACCGGCCGUGGCCACAGAUCCCAUUGAUCCACCUGGAUGUCCUCAGAACCCCAGGAUCACCGAUACCACCAAGUCUUCUGUGUCUCUGGCCUGGAGUCCUCCUGAUGAUGAAGGCGAUGCAAGAGUCGAUGGGUACCUCAUUGAGAUGCAGAAGGUCGGUACCAUGGCUUGGAUUAAAUGCAACACCACACCAUCGCUGAUCUGUGAGUACACGCUCACUAACAUGCCACAAGGAGAGGAGUUCAAGUUCCAUGUGAUGGCCUGUAACGCCGGCGGCUCAGGAGAACCUGCUGAAGUGCCAGGAACUGUCAAAGUCACUGAGAUGCUUGAAUCUCCUGAUUAUGAUCUGGAGCUGAAGUACAAAGAUGUGUAUGUGGUCCGCCAAGGAGGUGUGGUCAGACUUUCUGUGCCCAUCAAAGGCAAACCACAUCCAACCUGCAAGUGGUCUAAGGAUAGUGGUCCCAUAUCUGCUAAGGCCAUGAUUGCCUCUACUGAGGACACUAGCGAGCUGGUGAUUAAAGGAGCUGAAAGGAGUGACACUGGAGUAUAUGAUCUGCUGCUGGAGAACAAGGUUGGCAAGAAGAAGGCCCAGAUUAAGGUGAAGGUCAUCGGCCGCCCCAGCGCUCCAGAAGGGCCAAUGGUGUUCGAGGAGAUCCAAGCCAACUCUGUUAAAGUGUGUUGGAAGGCACCCACUGAUGAUGGUGGCUCAGAAAUUCUGGGAUACAUCGUGGAAAGACGAGAAGCAGCCAGAAAUGCCUGGUACACAGUGGACUCCAGAGUGACCGAGACUCAGCUGGUUGUCAAGGGCCUGAGGGAGGGAACAGAGUACCACUUCAAGGUCACAGCUGAAAACUCAUUUGGCAUUAGUGCUUCUCUGAAGUCUGAGCAGCCACUGGUGCCCAAGACUCGUCUCUGUCCUCCCGAGCCUUCAAGCACCCCACCAGAGAUCAUGGACAUCACCAAGAGCUCCGUGGCCCUGGCAUGGUCCAGACCAAAGGAUGAUGGUGGUUCUGCCAUCACCGGAUACUUUGUUGAGUAUAAGGAGGUUUCCGCUGAGACCUGGUCCCGCUAUCAGACCAAGAUCACGUCCACCAUGUUUACCCUACCUGGACUCACCCCUGAUGCAGAAUACCACUUCCGUAUUGUUGCUGUCAAUGACAUUGGAGAUAGUGAGGCUGGACCUCUGUCCGACCCAGUCACGUGCAAAGAUCCAUUUGAUAAACCAAGUCAACCCGGUGAGAUUGACACCGUGACUGUCACUAACAACUACAUCACAAUCCGCUGGCAACCUCCAGAGUGCGACGGUGGGAAGGAGGUUCUGGGCUACUGGGUGGAGUACAGGAAGUCCAUUGAGAGCACCUGGAAGAAGUGCAACAAACAGAGACUGAAGGACAAGGAGUUUACAAUGCCUGGACUAGCUGAGGCAACCUUGUAUGAGUUCCGAGUGUUUGCUGAAAAUGAGACAGGAAUGAGCAGACCUCGUAGAACUGCUACAUGCAUCAAGACUAAACUAAGUGUUGAAAACAAACCAAGUCUCAGGAAGGAGAUGGAUGAAGUUACUGCCAAGCUUGGUCAACCUGCUGUCAUGAAGUGCCAGAUUAUUGGCAGACCUGUUCCUGACAUCAAGUGGUACCAUGCUGGCAAGGAGGUUGUUGAAUCCCGUAAAUAUGAGAUGAGUUCUGAUGGUCGCAACCAUUCCCUGUCCAUUAUGACUGACCAGCAAGAGGAUGAGGGUGAAUACACCUGCAAGGCCAUCAAUGAUGCUGGUGAGGCUGAAACCGCUGGUGUCCUGGUGUUGGAGGCUGCUCCAUCCUUCCACCCAGACUAUCCACUGAAGGAGACCUACUAUGCUGGGCUGGGAACCACCUUGCGUAUCCAUGCUGUCUACAUUGGACGCCCUGAGCCGAAGAUCAUGUGGCUGCAUGGCGCAAAGACCCUCGAGAACACAGAAGACAUCAGCAUCGAGACCACAGAGCACUACACUCACCUGGUUAUCAAGAAUGUCCAGCGUAGAGUGCAUGGAGGCAAAUACAGGAUCAGACUACACAACCACUUCGGCAGGGCUGACACUGCAUUCAGUGUGGAGAUCUAUGACAAACCUGACAUGCCUCAGGGUCCCAUUGUCCUGGACGCCCUCCUGAAGAACUCUGUUAUCAUCAGCUGGAAGCCUCCAAAAGAUGACGGAGGCUGCAUGAUUACCAACUACAUUGUAGAGAAGCGUGAAGAUAAAGAAAAUACUGAAUGGGAACUGGUGUCGUCAUCCAUCAACGGCACAUCUUGUCGCGUGCCGAGCCUGACUGAAAGCGCUGGAUACUUCUUCAGAGUGUAUGCCCAGAAUCGCUAUGGCAACAGUGAGCCACUUGAGCUUGCUGCACCUAUCCUCAUCAAGAGCCAGCUGGAGAAACCAUCACCCCCUCUAUCUCCAGUUGUUUCUGGAAUUACCCAAAACUCCUGUGUGGUUUCCUGGAAGCCUCCACUCAGCGAUGGUGGCUCCAAGAUCAAGAGUUACUGCCUUGAGAAGAAGAAUAAGAAAGACAAGAAAGAAUGGACCGAAUGGACUCCAGUGACCACAGACGAGAUAAAACAGACUGUGUUCUCUGUGAAACGUCUGACAGAAGGUGUGGAGUACAUCUUCCGUGUGAAGUGUGAGAACCUUGGAGGACAGAGUGACUACAGCGAGGAGACUGCUCCCAUCAUUCCAGCCACAGCUGUUGAGGUCCGUGCUCCUGCCUUCAAGGAGGAAUUGAGGAACAUGAGCAUCAAGUACAAGAGCAAUGCUACCCUCGUCUGCAAGAUCACUGGACAGCCCAAGCCUGUGAUUAAAUGGUUCAGACGAGGAAAGGAGAUCCACUCUGAUGGAAAGAAGAUCAAGAUCCAGGAGUUCAAAGGUGGUUACCACCAACUGGUCAUUACUGAGGCUGAUGAGGAAGACUCCACUGUGUACCAGAUCAGAGCUACCAACCAGGGUGGCUCCAUCUGUGCUACAGUAUCUCUGGAUGUUGAAAUCCCUGCCAAGAUUCACCUGCCAAAGAACCUGAAGGACAAGGAAGCCAUCCCUGCCCUGCGUGGAGAGGUGGUCAAUAUCAAAAUUCCCUUCAGUGGCAAACCAGAUCCUGUCAUCACUUGGCAGAAGGGACAAGAUCUUAUUGAUAGCAACGGUCACUACCAGGUCAUUGUCACUAGGUCAUUCACUUCUUUGGUGUUCCCCAAUGGAGUGGACAAGAAGGAUGCCGGCUUCUACAUUGUCUGUGCCAAGAACAGAUUCGGCAUCGACCAGCAGACAGUUGAACUUGAUGUGGCUGAUGUGCCUGAUCCUCCACGUGGCAUCAAAGCCAGUGAUGUCUCUAGAGACUCUGUCACACUCAGCUGGGUCACUCCAGCAAAUGAUGGCGGUAGCAAAGUUAUUAGCUACAUCAUUGAAAAAUGCCCAACCACUGCUGAGAGGUGGCAACGAGUUGCUCAGUCCCGUGACACCCGCUACACUGUCAUCAACCUGUUUGGAGGAACCAGCUACCAGUUCAGAGUUAUUGCUGAGAAUAAGUUUGGACAGAGCGCUCCAAGUGAGACCACUGGACCGGUCAUGACAAAGGAAGACAAAUCCAGAGUUCUGCUCUACGACCGAGAAGUUGAUGAUACUGGACGUGUUCCCAAGGGUAAGGCACCACACUCUGAGUCCAAGAAUCUGCACAACAAAUAUGCAAUUGCAGAAGAACUGGGCAGAGGUCAGUUUGGAAUUAUUCACCGCUGUGUUAACAUCAGUUCUGAGAAGACCUACAUGGCUAAAUUCAUCAAAGUAAGAGGUGCGGAUCAAGCAAUAGUCAAGAAGGAAAUUGCUGCGCUGAAUCUAGCGAAGCACACUAAUUUCCUCCUCCUCCAUGAGUCUUUCGACAGUCCUGAAGAGCUGGUUAUGAUUUAUGACUUCAUUUCUGGUGUUGACAUCUUUGAGCGGCUCAACACAGCAGAGUUCGAGCUGAAUGAGCGUGAAAUUGUGAACUAUAUCAAGCAGGUCUGCUCUGCUUUGGAGUUCCUACAUACCCAGAGCUAUGGACACUUUGAUAUCAGACCUGAAAACAUCAUCUACACAACCAGAACCAGCUCCAAUGUGAAGAUUAUUGAACUAGGCCAGGCCAGACAUCUAACUCCUGGAGACCAAAUCAAGGUUCAGUAUACCACUGCUGAGUACGCUGCCCCUGAGAUCCACCAGUGUGACAUGGUUAGCACUGUCACUGACAUGUGGUCGGUUGGUGUGCUUGCCUAUGUGCUUCUUAGUGGACUUAAUCCAUUCACAGCUGAAACUAACCAGCAGAUGAUUGACAACAUUUCCGGUGCGGUGUACAGCUAUGAUGAUGAGUCCUUCAAGCAGGUCAGUGUUGAUGCAUUAGAUUUCACUGAUCGCCUGAUCACAAAGGAGCGCAAGCACCGUAUGACGGCUGCUGAAGCUUUGGCUCAUCCUUGGCUGACUAAGCCUGAAGGGGAGCUCAGCACCAGAGCAAUACCAAAUGGUAGGCACAAGAGAUACUAUCAGACCAUGUCUAGGAAGGAAUGGAGCACUGUGGUCUCUGCAGCCCGUGUGGCGAGUGGUGGCUCCAUCAGGACACAGCGUGGUGUGUUUGUCGCCAAAGUGAAGAUCGCUCCAUUUGAACACGGUCCUCUUGCAGGCCAGAUCAGCCACGCAGUUGUGAACGAGGGUGACAGUGUGAAAUUCAUCUGCAACAUUGACAACUAUGACAGUACUACUGAAGUUACAUGGUACUGUGGUGUCAGACAGCUGGAAGCUGGUGACAAAUAUGAAAUGGAAUACGAAGACGGUCUGGCUGUGAUCACCAUUAAUAAGACUACAAGAGCUGAUGAUGGCACUUACAGAUGCAAGGUUGUCAAUGAGUAUGGUGAAGACAGCGCCUAUGCAGCUUUCAUUAAUGGUGUUAGAUCUUAUCGUGACUUCUUCACUACUCGCGUGGUGAAGAAAACAAAGCGUAGAGUUGACACUGCCAGAAUGCUCCAGAAGCCUCCUGAGUUCACUCUUCCGUUGGUUAACCACACAGCCUACAAAGGUGAGGAUGUACGCUUCGGUGUCACCAUCACUGUCCACCCUGAGCCUCGUGUCAUUUGGCACAAAUCUGGACAGAAGCUCAUCCCUGGACAUGAUGACAGGAAAUACACUUUCAUCACUGACAAAGGCUUAUAUCAGCUCAUCAUCCACAGCGUUGAUGAUGAAGAUGAUGCUGAAUAUAGCGUGGUGGCCCGGAACAGGUAUGGUGAUGACAGCUGCAAAGCUCGUCUUACUGUUGUUCCCAGACCUAAACCAGCAGACUUGACUCUCAGGCCAAUGUUCAAACGCCUGCUUGCAAAUGUUGAGUGUAGGGAGGGCCAGAAUGUACGCUUUGAGAUCAGAGUGUCUGGCCAUCCCACACUGAAGUGGGAGAAAGAUGGCACUCCAUUAGCCUUUGGACCAUCAGUCGAAGUUGUCCAUGAGGGCCUGGAUUACUUCAUUCUUCAUAUAAGAGACACUCUACCUGAAGACUCUGGUAUCUACAGAGUGACAGCGACCAAUUCGGCUGGAUCUGCCAGCUGUCAGGCUACACUCAAAGUAGAGCGUGUCACCCAUGUGAAGAAGGAGUAUGAGACCAGUGAAAAAGAGAAACAAGUGGCUGGAAAGGAAGAAAUGGACAAAAAAGUAAGGAUCCAUCAGAUUAUGACUGGCACUGUUAUCAUGCCACUCCCACCUGUAGCAGUACAAGCUGUGAGAGAGGCGGCCACCAUGUUCAAACCUGCUGUGACAACUAAGAAAGGUGAGAAGACUGAAGCUGAAAUCCAGAAAGAGCAGGAGGAGAAGAAGAAGCGGGCAGAAGAAAAGAGGCUGCGUAUGCCAUAUGUUGUGCCCACUCCUCGUGUCGUCAACCCUGCUGUUCUGGAGGAAGACGUGGAGAUCAAACAUUUCAAGCCCCUUUCUGACAUGAAAUGGUACAAGAAGCUGCGUGAUCAGUAUGAGUUCCCUGAGCCCAUGGACAAAAUCAAGCAGAAGAGGAUGAAGCGAAUUCGCCUUUCCAGAUGGGAGCAGUUCUAUGAAGUGCCAAUCAGAAUCAAGGACCAAUACAAACCGAAGUGGCGCUUUUCAGCCAUGACUCAAGAUGAUUUAGAAACAGUGAGGCCUGCAAGGCACCGCACUCCUUCUCCUGAAAUGGACGCCUACCACAGGAUCAGAAGGAGGUCUCUGGGCGACCUAUCAGAUGAGGAGCUGCUGCUACCAGUGAAAGACUACCUGUCCAUGAAGAGAACUGAGGAGGAGAGGCUUCGUCUGGAAGAUGAGCUGGCACUUGGGUAUUCUGCUUCACCGCCGAGUCUAAGCCCUGUUCGUUUUGAGCUGUCUGCACUGCGUCCCUCAUCACCAAGACGGGCAUACAGUGAUGAUGAAGAAGGAGAAGAUGUCCACAGAUAUGACUCCUACCGAAUGCCAUCGAAAUAUGAAGCUGGCCCAAGUUUCGUUGAUCUGCGCCAGCGUCAUGAUAAGGCCACAUACAAACCUCCAAGAGAAAAGCAGAGGGUGUAUGAGGAAAGAGAAGAUCAGGAGCUGCUGCGUCCACACACGACCUCCCAGAGAAUUGCCACUUACAAAAGUCAACUCAAACACAUGGAGUUUGAGGAGAAGACUCGGAUCUCCAAGAAAGAAAAAACUGUUGCAGUAGCAACAUAUUCUGAAGAUGUACAGUCUGAGCACCUAACAGCUCAUACUUCAGAAUAUAUUCCUAAACCAAUUAAGAAGCUCCCCAUGCCUGAACCUGAGAGAUCAGCUACUUCAGAAAAGGCAAAGACAGAGGUGUCUUAUUCAAAGGUGGACUACGCUUCUCGGUAUGAGGAGAGAAAGCAGGCUCUGAGAGUUGAGAGGAGAUCUGUGGAGAGAAAGGUGGAGGUGGUGACUCAGAUUCCAUUUAGCCUUGACCAUGCCCCACGCAUCACCAUCAGGAUGCGAUCUCACCGUGUACCUUAUGGCUCUAACACCAAAUUCACCCUGAACAUCCAGGCCAAACCAGAACCUGCAGUGAAGUGGUUCCACAAUGGAAAAGAAAUUCAACAGAGCAGCAAAUAUCAGAUGACCAACAUCAGUGGAGUGUUGACUCUACAGAUCAAUAACUGUGUGACUGAAGAUUCUGGCACUUACCGUGUCGUUGCAAAGAACGCUAAAGGAGAGACUUCUGAUUAUGCCACAUUGGAUGUAGCUGGAGCAGAAUAUGCUGCCUUCUCUUCUCUCCGCAAAGAUGAAGAACCUCCAUCCUCCCAUCUGCCAGAGAUGACCAGAACUGAAGUGUACCAUGUCUCCUCAUCAAAAACAACCGUGAAGGAAUCAGUUCAAGAAACAACCACUGUAGUUGUUGAGAAAGCAAAGGAGAGGCCAAGUGUUCCUGCUAAAAUUUUGACCAAACCACAUUCUCUGACUGUAGACGAGGGUGGCAGUGCCAGAUUUGAGUGUGAUGUGGAGGGUGAACCAUCACCUUUAAUUGUCUGGAUGCACGAAGGAACUCCAGUUGGUUCCUCUGCCCGACAUCACAUUGUCUCAACUCGGUCCAGUUCCUCCCUCGACAUUGUUGCAGUUGAGAUGUCAGAUGGAGGCAGCUACACUCUGGUGGUGGAAAACACUGGAGGCAAACAGGAAGCCCAUUUCACUCUGACUGUCCGCAAGUCUGAGUCCAAGGAGAAGCUGGUCGCCAGAGUCACCUCACCUGAGGCCAAGUCCCCUGAGCCAAUCAAAUCUCCUCAGAGAGUCAAAUCCCCUGAACCAGUGAAAUCUCCUCUUGCAAAAUCGCCCGAGCCAAUCAAAUCCCCUCAGAGAGUAAAAUCUCCAGAGCCGAUCAAGUCGCCGCAGAGAGUAAAAUCUCCGGAGCCGAUCAAGUCGCCCCAGAGAGUAAAAUCUCCGGAGCCGAUCAAGUCGCCCCAGAGAGUAAAGUCUCCAGUAUCACCCAAAUCCCCUGUACCCUAAUCCCCUUCUCUGAAACCCCAACUCCAUCUGAGGACACACCUCAGGAUCUGUGCGGCACACAAGGACAAUGCAAUGGUCAAUUCAUGGUCCAUGUAAAAAAAAAAAAAAAAAAAAAAUUGAAUUUAUAUUCUCGCUUCCCUCAUCCAGAGUCUUUUUAUUUAGUUAAUUAGCAACAGUAAUCUACUUGAUAAAGAUCUGGAUUUCUCUUCUUGUAAAUAUGAACUAUUUUUGUACCAAACUUGACAUUAAUUUAUGCCAAACUAGACUAAAGUCUAAAGUUGUUAUAAAAUGUGCCAUAUUGGAUAACUAUGACUUUUUGAACCACUUUUCUGUGACAUGUACAUAAUGUAUAUAGCCGAAUUUAACGGUUAUGGGAAAUGUAUGCAUUGUUAUUUAUGACAAUAAUAUUAACUGAAACAAAAUGAAACUAAAUGUGGUUUAGCAGGAGAAAGUUUCAUGUGGAACGAAUACCCUGUUAAACUCAGAAACGAAACUCUGUGCCUCAACAAUAAGUUGAAGUCUAAGAUUGCCUCAACAGGUAGAGAGGCUCCCUGUUGACGUUAUGAACAAGAAACAGAAAGACAAAGUUCUUAUUAUUAUUGUGAACACGCGUCUGCGUGGAUAUUACAGUUUCUAAUGAAUUGUACCAUGAGUGUAAGACCCUGAGCGCUGUUUGCAUUUACCCUCCUGUAAGCAGCUCGAUGAGGCCUUGUGCUCAGACUGACUGUGUCAUCUCACCUUUUAAUGACCUGCUCAGAGUGCGAGCGGCCUGCACUCUGAGCUUUGAGAUCAUUUAAUAAAGAGCGCUGUUUCUGGCACACGACGGAUGGAUUGGCUUCUUUAGAACGUACCAUCUCCUGGCCAUAAAACACAAAGUCAACGCCGACUCUCCUGUGCAGAAGCAGCGCCAUCUCUUGGAGGAUAGAAAUGUGUUUGUGAGUUUGAUUGUGUGUGUUUGUAGCUUUUAGCCAUUUCACUUUGUCAUAAGUCAGGGUUGUCACCAAGUCAGUGAACCACAGGGAUUCCACCUCCUGUGAAAGAAAGGCUGUUAUUGGGAUGUUGUUUUACCCUGAACUGGAUUUAAUUUAUCUGUUAAUGUAGAACUAUAUUCAUCCUCCUUGAGUUUUAUGAAUUAAUGAUUUAAUAAAGCAUGAUUUCAGCACUA